CUACGCGACGCACAAACAGUGUGCGCCCGUUUGGUCGCUCGUCGUUCGUCGCCGCACAAGCCCCUUCAGUGUCUCACGUGUUCCGCAUACGUUCGGUGGUCGCUUGCUCUGUUCAGCUGCCGCAUACACUACACCUACUCUACAAUCGCCCUGAGACGACUGCUAUACCGUUUCGAUAAUAUUGUUUUUGGUCGCUGCACGAUAAUAAUAAUAUUAAUAUUAAUAUUAUUAUCAUUAUCAUUACUAUAGCACACGUCUCGUCGCGUUACACCGUUCUAGUAUUGUACCCAUAGGUGCCCACCGUUAUUCUUCUUGAGAACACUAACAGAAAAUACACACCACACGCGCGGCCCACGUGAUAUUCGUUUGUUCGACAUUAUUAUUUGUAAUAUACUGCGCGAAAGCGAGAGUGUCGUCCGGCCGAGUCCGCGGUUUUGUGUUCGCGGGAUACUCGAAAAACCGUGCGCGGAAACGACGAGAUUUCGUUUUCGAGCGUGUCGAAACUCCGAUAGUAUCGGAGUGUCAUACCGCGUCCGAAGUCCCAGGAUUCUCCGGUCCAUGACCAAAGUGGUUGGCUGCUGAAACCCGCGCGCGGUUAUACGAUAUUUGUUUAGGGUGAGUAACUUGUAACGUAUUUACGACUUAUAAGACUACAUAUUAUAUAUACCUGUUUAUAACAACACUAGAUGCGUGCCUUGCCCGAUAGUAAUAGUGAUAUUUUUUUGACCGCGUCUGAAUCGCAUUUUCGCUCGUAAUAGUUGACGCUUCUGUCAUCCCUUUCGAAUCUGACGGAAUCGCUUGCCGCCCGGUGUUUUCGCCCCGCCAUUACUGCGCGCCGUGUUAACAUUAUCAUUUGUAAUCGUGCGGUUUUCUCUUAUUUCGCGCGCACCCGCCGUCGUAAACCUUCGCGCGACACGGAUAGGUUUUCGGGGAUGAUUCGCGAUCCGUCGGGGUUUCCUGCGCACACGCCUCGUGCGCGUAUGAAUCAGCCGCCCGCCGGUAGGUAAACCGCGUGUUCCGAACAAAAGUGUCGCGUCUCGUCCCGGACAAUAAAAUACGACGGGGGGGGGGGAAACCCACGUUACGGGAUUUAAUACAAUAUAAUAAUAUUAUCCCGGAGCACUGUGGCACGGAUACUUUGGCGUGCCGGUCUUUAGAAAACCUCCCCACCGCCGCCGCCGCCGCCGCCUCCGGUUAUUCCUCGCCGCCCGCUCCCCGGCCCCGGAAGACCCUCUCGCCGCCGGGAUCGCGACCCUCGUACAAAUAAUACAAGGGGGCGAAUAUACCCCCGUCGUCGGCAAUCCCGUGACGUACUAUUAUUUCGUGUUAGUGUUGUCGCGCGGCGCGAAACCGUGCUACACGCUGAUCGAUCGAACGACACACGGUCGGCUCUGUGAUAUUAUACUUAUCUAAAUAUUAUUGUUGCGACGGUCGUUUAUUCUCGCGUCCGUGCGCGGCCCCCGUCUAGCCCUCCCCCCCCCUCCCCCACUCUUAUCCCGUGAUAAUCGCACGUCAUUGUACGGUCGCGGACGUUUCGAAACACGCACACGCGCACGCACAAACUGAAAAUUAUAUCGCGUAAAAAACCGACACUUAAAAACGGAUUUUCCGUUCGGCGCGCGCCGCACACUAACCUUGUCACCGCCGAUUAAAUUGUGUGCGGCGAACGGACGCGGACUGUUCCGAGACUACUACGCGCUCGGUGUCCGACGUGACUCCGGCAUUAAUUAUAAUUGUUGUUUCGUUGCCCGCCGUUAUUAUUCCCGGCCCGCGACAACGGCGCGGAACCGUUACGAUCGGACGGGGGACGUUCGUUUCGCCCGAAAACCGGGAGCGCGUGAAUAACCCGGCGAUCGGACGCGACGAACGACGGGGGGGUUUUUUUUUUUUUAACGCGAUAUAAACAGUGCCGUUGUGGCCGUAGAAUUUACGCGUAGAAACAACGCGGGACGGUAGGCACGCGAGCGAUAUUUCUCCGAACAAAGAACAUAUUUAUUGUCUGUGUCGCCGCGUACGACGACGGUGGCGGGUACGUGCGCGUGUCGUGCGACGUUUUUCCACAUCCGAACCGCGUUUGGUGUUGUUUAAUCGCACAAAUGAAAUAAUUUAUUGUUACGCCAUUUUGCGCAUUUCUCGUCGGCAUCAAAAAUAUUAUCGCCGCCCGACACGGGUAGGUGUGUGCGACGCGUAUCGCGCGUGCGGACCUCCCUAGCAAUCGCGUCGUAAAAACGUACCAUUCGUAUUAAUAUUAAUAAGUAUUGACGGUCGUGGCGCAGCGCGUUGUGUUUACGACGACCAUAUGCUGCCGCGCGCGCGGAGUACACCGAGUGCGUCGGCGGGCCCACUGGGGUGGUGGUGCACCGCAGCCGUGUCGACAACCGGUCGUCCUUCGCAGGGGUUCGCCGGCCGCGGUCGUUCGAUUCUCUCUGUGUUCGUAUGCCUACCUCGCCUUACCGAUAUUUUCCGCCUGUGACAUUAUUAUUGUGCGUACGAACGAGCCCCGUCUGAAACGAGUGGGGAAAAAAAAAAAAAUAAUAAUACGAGAAAUAGUCCGUAUCCCGCCGACCGUAGUACAAUAUUAUUAUUAUUAUUAUUAUCAUCUCGAGAACGAUUAUUGUAUACUGUCUUACCCGCCGGGGUUACGCGGUUAGUAAAAAUAAAAAAAAAAAAAAAAAAAAAAAAAAAAAAAUGAAACCCCCCGCUAACGUUGCGUCUCGAUAGUUCGUGAAACCGGAAAUUCAAACAAUACCGCGCAAACAAACGUGCGAAACGAUUUUUGGACAUGGGCACGUAAACUGCGCCCGAAUGACAUUUUUUUUUUCUCGUAUAAACUGCACUCCCGGAUUCUAAUCGUCAGAGUACGUCGGGAUUGAUUUGGCUUUUUUUUUUCCAAUUAUCAUCACGUAAACCGGACCUCUCUAUGAAUUCUCGUGCUAAAAAAAAAACAAAAAAAAUGUCUGGCCGCGACCGUCAUCACUGAUAAUAUAAUAAACAGAGUUACAAUAGUAUUUUUGAACGAAAUCAAUCGAAAAAAAAAAAAAAAAAGCAAAUUUUUUCGUGACGCCCCUACGCACCGUUCGGCCUAUUGGUUACUCUGAUAUUAUUGGGGUCCUGCUUAUCACCCCACCCCCCGCGGUCGACAAAGGUCCGAUACGUAAACCGCGCCCGUAACAAAUCUUCGAAAUCGCGCGUUAAACUCCCCUAAUCGAUUGUCGUUUAAUCGUUUUAUUUGACGUUCGGUAAAUUUUAAUUUGUUUAUUAAGCCGCCGUUCUUGUACACACGACAAUAACGACCGACCGAUAAAUUACCCACCCGACCGAUUGAUUAAUCGUCUGCACGCGGAGAAAUAUUGUUUCGUCACGUGUUCGUGUAAUAAUAUCAACGGGAUUCUUAUACGACGGUGAAAAAACCGACAGUGACGAGAUAAUAAGACGGGAAACGCGGGGAUCCAUGCCCACGUCGUCGCGAGACAAGAACCCGGGCGCGCGGUUACACGUGCGAUUUUUCGUUUUCGGCCGUUACCCGCGACGGCGGCGGCGUGCACAGUCGGGGCGGGGUUUUUUUCCUAAAAACCCGGGCGCGAUGGGGGGGGGGCGGUUGGGAGAUUUUUUUGUCGCCGAGGGGGUGCGGUCAUUUACGCGGUUAUGAUAUGAUUUUAGGUCAGUAAUAUAUUAUUAUGGCGCGUUAUGUAACGGUGUGUAGUAUACCAUAGUAUUAUUAUUAUUGUACGUACAAUAUUCGACCGUGAUUUACCGGUAUAUAUUCCGUACAGGUACCUGCCUAAAUUAUAUUUACGUAUACGUAUAUAUAUUGUAUACGCGUAGGUAUACAUUAUGUGCAGUAAUAAAUACCGCCGCUCGAUAAAAAUGCAAAACAGAGGUUAGAGGUAUAAUACUACCACUACUACUACGGCGGCGGCGGCGGCGGAGGAAGCGAACGCGUUGGCGGCGAGGGGCGAUGGAUGGUGUGUAUACUAUAUAUACGUAUAAAAAAAAAAAAAUAAAUAAAAAAAAAAAUAAAAAAAAAAAUACCAUUCUGCGAGAAUAUCCCUGUGGCUUUAACCCCCUCCGCCGGCCGGCUCGCCCUCGCGGCGCGCGCGGGCGAACGCCGCCCCUUUGCUGUCUCCCGCCCCUCCGUUCUCCGGCCUCUCGACCGACCGCCUUCCGCGCGAGGGGAUCGCCCGCCGAUAGUCUUACGUGUACGUGUGCGGCGGCGGGCAAGAGGGCCACUCGAAAAUUCCGACGUCGACUUUUACAACCCAAAGUAAUUUGAAUAGGUCGUUGAACAAAAGCGGACCGCCGCCGCCGCCGCAACACUUUUACAAUACUCUUGCGUGCGCGCGAUUUAACCCGAAAAGGAUCUGCUGCGGCGGAGAUCCGCAUAAUAUUGUUAUCAGGGCCGCGGCGGACGGUUUGUCGUUAUUGUUGUCGUUGUAAUAUUAUGCGUGUGUGCGAUUGCGAUAAAUUACGGAUCGCCGGAUCCCGCGCGAUCGUUAGCGCGCAAAACGGUUUAAAAAACGCACCAUGUCGUUGUUCACGUGCCGGGGUUCGUCGAAAUUUUGUAAAAUUUUAAAAUUUCUAUCGAUCUUAACCGCAAGACACUCUUUCCGGCAAUCCAUACUGUCCCGACGUCCCCGUUCGGGGGGAACGAGUAGGGAGACGUUUUUUUCCGGACGAAAACGUCUUCGCGGAAUUACGGAUAGCACAUUGCCGACGUAAUUUUCUCCUAUACCGUGGUUUUCUUUUUUUUUUCCAUCGAUAAACAACGACGUUCCGCAGACGCGGAGUUAAAAGAAACGUUAAAAAGUUUGAGGUGAAAAUAUUAAAAAACCGAAUGAAUUCGAUGCGGCCUGUGCUUCUUUUUCUUCAACGGAAAACUAGUCGCUCUACGGGGCGGGAGGAUUUCCCUGUGUUUUCGAGCCGACAAAUAUUUUAUUGCAAACGUUUUUUCUAUCGGUUAGACAUCAAUUAUUAUUAGUCGCAAUCACCGCCCAUCUAUUUAGCUAUACACAGGACCUCACUCCCCGCCAUAGUUUAUUUAUAUAACGUGCAGCCGUGCUUUUCGUUGCGGGUCGUGGAUUUCGGUUUAUUAUUGUCGGUAACGUUAACUCGACUUUUCGGCCUUGUUUCGUGUAAAAACAUUAGUGAUUGACUGGCGAUUAACAUCGACUGGUGGCACUAACCGAAAAUUUGAUUCGAGUCCUCCGUGCCGUUUUGUACCAAUCACGUAAGUACAAAAAAACAAAACAAAAUCCCGAAUUACUCGAUUACUUACAGAACGUCAAUAAAGUUUUACUUAUUUAUAGAGUCGGAUAUGUAUACGUACUUGACCGUUAAAAUGUUUUCAAAAUGAUAUUUGUUAAUUUCACGCACGCCCGUAUCGUGUAUAGUUGUAAACUUGUUUUCCCUUGCGAGUGGUACAAAACAGUUUUGUUUCUUUUUUUUUUUAUUGUUCAAUAGCUGUAUAUCUCAGAUUUUUUUCAUUUUAGACAAAUAAAAUCACUAUUCCAAAUAUUAACUUCCGUGACGUUUUCUCGAACAAUAUCCAAACAGGUUAAGGUUAAAUACAACCAAACUAUUAAGUAUUUGCACCGGUCGAAAAUUUUUACAUAAUUCUACUUUUUUUGCACUUUUACGUACAAAAUGGUUGUUUGGUACAAGUAGUUAUUAUCUUCAUUCGUCUUUAUUACUCGGACAUAUUCAUUUCACAUAAACACACACGUACACAUAAAACGUAUUCGAAAACUUUGUAAUUUUAUCUAUUUGGAAAAUUGAGGUCAGUUUUUUAUUUCCCUUGGUUUUCUUCUAACAUAAAAGAAACAAACAAUUAAUGUUAUAAUUUUUUUUUUUGAUUUUUGAGUUACUAAUAAUAUUCCACUCAGAAUCGUUGUUUGUUAGCUAUUGUUCAUCAUUGUGUACCGAUUCAAAUUAAAUCAUCCAAUAUAUACUCCCUUUCAACUUUCCUAGUAAAACAGUGACAUACCUAUCAGCAGUUUCGGACUUUUGCUUUUAGAAAAGCCGUUUACAAUAUUCGAUUAGGUAGGUGUGUGUGUUUUCUUCGAAUUACUUCCGAGCUAUUUCGAUCGUACUUAUGAACAUUUUUGAUUUCCACCGUGAUUGCAUGCGUUAUCGUUUCGCAAGCAAUUAUUUCACAUCGCUUGUUAUCGAAACAAAAUGUCCGUAAAUAAUAUUAGGUACAUAAUAAUAAGUAGUUAUUUAAAAUACUUACCUCGAAACUCGCCUCUACAUUGCUUUCCUGGGAAAAGGAUCAAUAGGUAAUUAUAAUUACAAUAUUAUGUAUUGUAGAGCGAAACAUGCGCGAUUGCUACAGAAACCUUAUUAAUCAAAGGACUUUUCUCCGAACAAGGUUUUUUUUUUUUAAUAUUAAAUCCAGCGUUUUAGAUAUACGCACAGUUUUCGUUUUAUUACGAUAAAUUUAAUUUACUUUUUUGUACGCACAACUAUAUAGGGACAACCCCAUCCAUUUAUCGUGAACCAGCGAUUUUCUUAGUAUAUUCUAUAUGCGGAUUUCCGCGAGGUUUUAUUUUAUAAACACUAAAAUCAAUGUUUUAUACCUUUAUUAAAUGAAUAUUCGAAUCCGGAAGACUAUUCGUAUUUUGUCGAAAACCAAAAGUGUGUAUGUAUUCAUUGAAGGUCUGAGCGGGACAGCUUAUUGUAAUUAUUGAAGGGAAACAGGUCACAGUGGUGGGAGGGGCGACGAUAUAUUCUUCAUUCUUCCACCAUCGUUUUACCGGCUUCCAAUAUUCGGAACGUUUCAAUCGAAAAAGUUCCGCGCCGUUGGUACGACUGCAAAAUAUAUUAUUGUAUAAUACGUUUUUAUUUUGUAAGUAAGGUAUGUAACCGUUUGGAUAAUUUUUCCGACGACGACCUAAUAACCCGUUACAAAUAUAAUACACUCGUAUAAUUUUAUUGUCGUGCGGUGUUUUUUAUCCCUGUUUUUUUUUUUUUUCUGUAUUUUUAUUAUAUCACGUCGGGAGAACGAGAUCGACCGGAAUGGUCGGGACCAUAAACCGGCGGAACGGCUCGCGCCGCGCGGGGGCGGAGGCACACGUGAACUUGUCACCGGGCCAGGGAACGGCGCGCGUUUCGUUUGUGCGCACUAAUAAUAUUGUGUACUCGAUUAUGUUAAUGGCCGUACGAAAUUGGCAGUCCAAUUACCUCGGCGUUUCGGAAAAUCGCCGUUGCCAAAUCGAAAUGCCACACACACACGCGCACACACUCACGAUAUCCCGGUACGAAUACAAUAAAUAAAAUUAUCGUACAUCGCGGCCGAUUCGCACCGUGUAAAUCCGUCGUUACCACGGUUAUAAUAUCUAUGGUUACUGUUAUACGGCCUGUCGCACGUCGACCUACGAUGCGUACAGUGUCUACCGGAUUAAUGAGUCCGCGCGUGCAGUCCACGAGACACGAGACGCUCGACAUCGCUGGCGUAUUUAAUCAUUCUCUCGAACCGCCACACGAGCGAUAGCAGUCUGGAAAUCGGACGGUCCGGGGGAUUUAAUUCGAUUGCCGAUUUAUGACGAUCUUAUCGUAGCCCGACCGCUGUACGCAGUAGUAUCUGUAUAACCGUGGUCGUAACCGAGUCAACCGGUCCGGUUCGUUGUAUAAUGAGAGGUCAAGUUAGGUUAGGUUAGGUUCACUUCUCGCAAUAUUUAGCUUUUAGUCGAUCAGAACAAAUUCUAUAGGGAAUAUCGAUACGAUUACGGCCGCGCAUUAAUGAUUUAUUUACGUCGAAUACCUUGUUGAAAUGUACCUUCAGAAAUAAAUUCGACGUUUAGAGGGCGUAUUAGACGUGUCUUUGUUUUAUCACGAAAAAAUCGUUGUUACGUUAAAUUGAUACGAUGAAUUUGGAAAUCGUCGAGGACACGGCUCGCGAAAAACGCUGAACUAUACGGUAUAGGUAAAGCUCUAUUUUAUAUAGUCUCUGUAUGAAUUCUCAUUUUGUCGUUGUAGAAAUAAAAACGAUACCGCUGUACAAUUGAGUAUAUAUAUUGUUUUGUUUUACAACUCAAACGAGACCAUAGAACCCAGUGUCCUUUUCUCCGCGACAAUCCACCUUAAAUAACUCUAUAUAUAUACUUGCCUAUUUUCGAUGUUUUCAACAAAAUUGACGGACUGUAUAGGAAACCUCUGUUCAAAAACGUUUCCGAUUGGGCGUUUAUUCCGUUGGAAGAAUGAGAAUUUAUCUGUAUCUCAAAAUAAAUAUCGAAGAAAACUAGCAAUGGCAACGUCGCACAGUAUAAUUUACUCGUAUUUUAUGUUCGACCGUGUAUAUGGGUAUUGGGUUCCAUUUUUUUUUCUCGUUCCUUCGAUAAGCCGACAAAUUUGCUCAGUCGUGCCGAAAAAAGGUCGUUCCACGCUCUAUGGCCGUGUUGUAGUCUUAAAAUUUAACCACGCCGUAUAUAGGUAUACACCGUACGCAUAUUAUACAUAUUAAAAUAAAUUUCGUGUCUGUAUAAUAACGAAACUGGUUUAUCGGAGAAUUCGUCGUCGGCGACAGACAAAACGAAAGGGAUAUUUUAUUUUGUAUUUUUUUACUUUCACUCCUGCCGUGUGGUCAGCAGAAACGAUAGCACGUGAAACCGUCGCGAGAAGAAGUGUACUGACUGUAGGUACAGUCGGCAUUCGAAAUACUCGGGUUUUAAUCGAACAUCAACCACGUUUACAAUAUUGUAAGUAGCACACGCGGAAAAACGUAAUAUCAUUUAUAAGGAGAUCGAAAGCGGCGAUUCGCGCACGCGACGUGCUAAUUUUUUAGUCGUAUCCCGAUCAUUAUAGCGAUAGUGAGCAAUAACGAUGCUGAAAAAAGAUUGCAAUUCGUCACCGUGAUCUGUUCCUACAGCCCUGAUUGAUCUUACUGCGUCUUUAUCCCUUCGAAUCCCGCCAAAAAUCAUCUAGAAAAAAAAAUCUAAAUCCAAAAAUUGUCCUUUUAAAUUUCUGCGAGCGUACCCAGCGAUGUUGUAAUGAGAUUCGUUUUCUCAGAAAAGUAAUAAUGUACACAUUUUUUCAGGCCAUUAGAUACGGACUUUUCGUCUGAUAUUAUAGUACUUGAUUUAAAUCAUUAUAUCGAACUAACUCAAUACUUCUCCCAAAACAUUACACUUAAUAUUUCUCUUUUAAAGCAUUUCCGUCGGUAAGGUUUUACUUAAAAUGUGUUUUUUUUUUUAUGUAACUGUCAACGAUUCACCCACCCCCUAUUGGUCCUAUUUUGUACUUGCCUCCCUCCGUCAAGCGAUUCUUAUAUCACUACUGUACUUAUUGAUUGAAAGUAAACAUUUGCAAUGCCUUUGAAGGGCGAUGCAGCUUGUAUGAAGUAUAAUAAUAUAUUAUAUUAUUUUUGUUUGCAUAUAAUAUUAUUGCCGUGGCUCGUUCUAUUAUCGUGUGGAGUUCAUGCAGCAAGAUAAUUUAUAUUUUGCUUUAAUAUAAUUAUUAUUUUUUGAAGAAAAAAAUAUGCCUGCGUGUAUUUUUUUUUACGAGAGGCACUGUUUGCUGAUGUUUAAUAAUUACUUUGACGUGUAAAAUAAGUGGUCUCCCGCGUACAGUAUCAUGCAAUAAUAAUAAUAUUAUGUACGAUGUCAAAUACUCAAAUGUACGUGAUGUAUAUAAAACAUGAUGAAAAGAUCCACAAGUGGAGAAACCGCCACCAUUUGCUCACUGGAGUUGUUCAUAGGUACCGGGGCACUGUGAAUUCCCCCAUCGCCCGGUGCGAAGGACCACUACAAGUAGGGCUGCAAUAAUUUGUACAGCGGCAGCCCCUCUUGUACCUAUAGAAUAAUACAAAUUGGCAAGUUUCUACCGACCUCAGCAUUUCGAGAGCAUUUUCAGAAAUUAUACUCAUGUCUCGUUCCGCAUGUAGGAUUUUGCGUCCGAACAAAAAAAAAAAACUUCGUCACAAUAUUUUAGUCACUAGUUUUACAAAGGUGAAAGUUUUUUCUCUCUCGGAAGACUUUUUCGGUAAGUAAACACGCUCUAAUUUGUCUAUGUCAUACCUCAAAAAGUACGGAAUUUCUUCUCGGUGAUAUCUACUAUUUUAUAUGAGAUAUUUGUCAACAUUACAAACGGUUCGCCUAUAUGUCUAUUUUGUGGUUGUUUGAUUUUUUUUUUUUUAUUGUGAUUACUGGGUUACCUCGAUAAUAACGGAUAAGUACACCACUAAUUAUACUACUCUGCUCAGAAUUGAUUUAUCGUUUGCAUAUAGGUACAGUAUCUAAAUCAAAUUACAUAUUACAUAUUACUAAAUACAUAUUACUUUCCUUCCACCACAAGCAAUAUUAACUUUUUAUUAUUAUUAUGUUCGAUUUGAAUUCCAUUCACUACUGCGUAUAUAGUUUGUUGAUCAUUAUUCAUCAAUUCGAAAUAAUGCACACUGAUGCAGUCGUGUUUUCGAUUCGAUAAUAGUCGCGAACGUUUGACAAUGCACACAUGUACCUGAGCCAUUAUAUAUAAAUGCAUCAUAAUGUACCUACGCAUUUUUAUAUGCUGAGCUCGGUACUUUACUACUUAAAGUGCCUAAAUAGCUUUCCAAUAUAAUGCACGAGCAUUCGCGUGGGGGGCCCAUUAAGUUAGUUCUGUGUGCGGUACUACGCUCUCGCCCUAAUGUGGUGCGCGUGGAUUGAGAGCGAAAUUUCCGGCAUACAGCUUUUGUAUAUGCGAAUAUUAUUAAAAAUAUAUUUAUGGAUAUAUUGUAAUAUAGUGUAAAAAAAUAAAUAUAUAUAUGGGGUUAAAAAGUCUGGUAAAAAGCAACUCGACCGUAAAUGCUCGUGUAUUUUUGGCGUUUACGUUCCGUUCAAAAAAAUAUAAUAAUAAAUAUAGUAUCGAUAGCUCGUAAAUAAUGUUGCGCGUAUAUAUACCUACACAACACACUCACUACAGACGUGCAUAUUAAAUUUAUUUCGUCGGUUUGUUGUUAACACCGUGCGAGCUCACAAAAAAAAAAAAAACAUAAAACUGGAAAAAAAAAAUAAGGUAAACCAGUCUUUAAAAAAAAAAAAAAUAAUGGAAAUAAUCGAUGUUGUAAUAAUAACGUUUUCCAUGUGCGUGGUGGCACUUACUUAAUCGGCAUUUUGAAAUGUAACACAUAUUAUCACAAUAAUAAGUGUUUGUGUUUACUGUUGUGAUUUGUGGGUGUCGUUAACAAAAGUUUACCCGUUAUAAUAACACAUGUAAAAUAAUCGUUCGUUAUUAUAUUUUCUGUCAUUCUAAUAAUAAUAUAUAACCACUCGUUAAUAAUUAUUAUUAUAUUAUUAUACUACCGUAUCAGGUACCGUUGUAUAAUUUGUUCCAUAAUAUAUUGUAUUAACACGGGGUGAGGUGUUCUCCGCGAUAGGAAUAAUUAUUUUAAUAAUAAUUUUCAAAGUUAAUUGGCUUUAUUAAUUUAUAAUUAAAUCGUUAUUAGUUUAAAUAGUAUAAUUUAUUACGAGUAGUACUAGAAAACAAUAUUAUUGCAAUAAAAUAUUUGCAAAUCAUUUUGCACCAGACUGGUUUUCUUUGAAAUAGCGGGCAAAGGGAAAGGUGGUCACUAUAAUCUUGAAUGAAAUCGUGCGUUGUUCUUUGCCUAUUUACAAUACCUUAUAUUAUUUUGCACAAAUAUUUCAAUUAUUUAGUAAAACGCGAUUAUGAUGAAAAUAGACUCGUCAUUAAUCACUUCGGCCUGCAGUCUAAUUAACGUAUUUAAAUAAAAUCAAAAUACAAUACCCAUCUGAAGAGAAUAUCUCCUGUAGAGAAUAUAUUAAGUAGUAAAUUCCGAAUAUAUUUUAUUUCAUCUUUUUCGUAUGGCCGUUACAAUAAUAUUUAAAAAGCUUUCGCUGUCAAAACAACAUAACGACUAUCCAUGUUUCGGACUACGGGCGUUACGAGGGGAAGCAAGAUCGGAAAACUGUCCUUCUUCCCCUCGAUCUAGUAAUUCCUAUGUUUGGUGUAUUGAAAUGAACAGUUUACUUGAUAAAAAAAAAUCGUCAUUGAUUUUUUAAUACCUUUGCUUCCAUGAAAAAAUAUGUCUGCUGACGCUCACGUCUAUCCGGUAUUCCACACCGAAAUUCCAAAUUCUUUAGACCGUCUUCGAGAACGUCGGUCCAUCCUUUACUGGGUUUAACGUCGGAUCUAUUAUCUCGAGACUUCCGUUUUAGAUUUGCUCUAACAUUAUCAUCCUCUAUUCUCCUCUUUAUAUAAUAUUUUAGAUUCAAUUCAUCGUUUGUUUCUCGAACAAGAUCGAUAAAAUCGUACACUGUUCAAAAAAAAAAAAAAAAUCUAUUUAAUAUAUCGUCAAUGGAGUUAGUUGAUCGCGUGUCGAAUUAAAUAUUAAUUAUAUUUACGAGAUUAAUAAUUAUUUAUCACAACAAAACAAGACUGCCAGUGGUUGUGUGUUUCGUGCGAUUAGUACUAUUAAAUAAAAUUCCGUUGUUUUAUUUUGUCUAUCCUUGACGUCUUGAUUCGCUUUAUAAUAGUAUACAAUCUCAAAGCUAUGAAGUUUUAUUUUUAAAUAAAAAAAUAAAAAAACUCAUAAAAUGUUUACGACGAUAAAACGAGCAUACCUGAAUAAAUAGGUAUAUUACUUACAUAUAUUUAUAUUUUUAGUUAGUGUUUUAUUCUUUCAUUUUUUUUUUCACCAUUCACGAUUUACUUCUUUUUUAUCGAAUAGUUUCGUUACUUUUGGUGGCUUCCUUCUGGACUAAAUGACCUACACCUCAGAAAUUAUAGUUGUUUUAUACGCGGAUUGAAGUGAUACAAGUUGGGUUGAAUUUCAAUAUAAAUAUCAGCGAAUGGAGGGUGUUUUUUUUAGCUUCGAACAUCCUUGCAGAUCUCCCAGAUGAAGCCAAUAAUGUGCGUGGCAUAAUACUGAGGAUGUUUUUUUUUAGGUAUUUCAAUUUUAAACUCCUAUCCUUACUGUUUUAAAUCUCAAAUUUAAUAAUUUGUAGUACUGUUAUUAUUAUAAUAUCUCGUGAUCGCGAUUAUUGUUACACAAAGAAUAUUUCCGUUAUAGAAAAUAGGCGGGGAGGGUGGGGAAUUCGACUAUAGUGAACGAGUUACUCCGCUGUCCUUGUUUUUUUUUUUUUUUUAUAAUUGUACGUUUGAAAAUUUCUCGUUUUGUUGAUUCGUAAAUCAUAUUUAUAUACAUAAGAGAAUAGGUUUAAGUCUCAUAAGAGAGGAACGCAAAAUGUAAUAAUAACACGUUGUCGGGUACGAAAACCUCGCGGGUUAUAUGAUUAUAACCUUAUAUUGAGUCGUCACGAGGACGUUUCAGCAGUGCACACGGUAGCCACUGCUGAUACGACGGCAGAGGGAAAAGAACAAUAACGAGGCCAAAGUAUAAAGCGACCUGUGUAGUUCAUCCAAUGAAAACGGUGUACGGGUCGUAAUAACUAAUAAAAUAAUAAUAAUAUUAUUAUUGUGUUAUUUGUCUUUCUCGCAGACAUCUUCAGCUUCUUCGCUCGUGUUUUUUUCGACAAGGACGACGCCACGGCGGGUAGUGGAUUUAAUUCGGCGCAAAAUUAUGGACCCGAAAUAAAUUAGAUACCUAGCCAUUAUUAUUAUUAUAUCUGUCGAGAGUAUGACGACGACACAACAGCUGUGGCGAUUCUAGUCUCGUUUGCCGAUAUCUCUAUACCUAAAUUAUUUUAUCACCAUAGUAUGUUUACUAUGGUUACUACCAGUGUUACUAUGAUGUGUAUAAAAAAGUUUUAAACGUUUCUUACUAUUUGUUUUAAUUCACGUUUAGUUUUAAUAUUUUAAACGGUUUAAGAUAGACGGGAAUGACUAUAUUAUGUUCUGUCCCAUGUCCCUAUAACUCUCAUUAUAAGCUCGCUCUGUAUAUCUUAUCAAUAUUUGAUAAGAAAUAAUGAUGCUUGUUGCUUAUUGAUAAAAAUCUAUUUUCGUGAAAUUUAACUUUCAAAUGAGUGGACUUUUUUCUAUUUAAAACAUCUGGUUUUUUUUUUACGACUUUUACUAUAUCAAUUGUGUUUCAAACACGAGUUUAAAUUUAAAUUAUUUCCGUACACUGGCCCACACUGCCUUCACAUUUUAAUUUCGCAUUUUUUUACUGGGUUCUCCUGUUGGCUACAGUAUACUACUGGAAAACAAUAAUUAAUCCACUACGAUUACUGGAUUAACGUUAAUCUAGUUAAAUGAGCGCUUCUCAAAAACCUUUUUUUUUCUUCUUUUUAAUUACCCUAUAACAUCCCUUAUUUCCACUAUCCGUCUACAACAGUGGUCUACCCGUGACGCUGUGAAGUACACAAUAAUAUUAUGUUCCGUUCUAGUUUCAUUACAAUAUUAAUAAUAUCGAAAUAGGUGUGUCCAAUUUAUUGAUUUAUUUUCGACAUUUUUCACCGGUUACAAGUACCUAUACCCACAACGAACUAUCUCACUCUUGUACUAAAAAAAAAAUGCACGACGACGAAGACAAAACAACAGUGACCUAUAUUAAAAAAAAAAAAAAAAAAAAAUCGUACACCCGUUUCUGAUGCAUAUUGAAACAUUGCCAUUAAAAUGUCGCAUUUUAUCCAAUAUUUCCAUUUGCAGAUAUUAUUUUUAACUAGUAUUACCGCAUUGGAGAAUCGACGCGACAACGAUACGUUAUAAUAAACCAUCGGGGCACGCACAUAAUCGUAUUAAUUAUUAUAUAAACUGCUGUGAAAUCGCGUUAUUAUUGCGUAUAACAUAUAAUUAUAACUUUAAAGUAAAUUCGUCAAAUCGUGUUUUAUACAGUAUAUGUUUAUAUUCACGGGACGCACUUCGCACACAUCAAUAUUCGCGAUUUCGAGUUGAUAAUAUUUUUACAAUGCAAUACCGUGUGUAAGACAAUUAAUAUUCCGCAAUCGUGUUUCUCGUCGGUAAUUACCAUUGUAUACUAUUUACAAUAGAUAGACCGCGCUUAACACUCAUUAAUUUGAGUGUAACACGCUGAAGCCAACAUAUUAUUAUUAAUAUUUGCGAAAAUGUCAGGCUCAUAUUAUAAUAGGUAUAGUUGGCUAUUUGCAUGAGACCGUAAAGGAUUCUCGGUGUAAUAAUUGAAUAUUGAUUACAUUGUUUGUAUUUUAAAUUUUAUGAGCGUUAUCAUCAAUCCUUAUGAAUCACAGAUGUAUAGUAUGAUGAAGGAUGAUACUGCUGAUGAGUAUACUAUUGUUUUAAAAGGGGAAUUGUAAGGAAUUGUAUAUUGGAUAAUUUGGAUAAAAAAAAAAAAUAAUAAAUAAAAUGAGACACGAGCAUGUCUCCGUAGCGCAUAACAAUAUUAUUACGUCGUACGAUGAUUCGGUACAUAAUGUUCGAUCGAUGCUGCGGUAUUAUCUAUUAUAAUUGUACGGUAAUUCAUAUACACACGACGCGAGUGCUGGCGGAAAAUCGUAAUAAUAAUAACGAUGAUAUUAAACUGCUGAUGAGUAUACUAUUGUUUUAAAAGGGGAAUUGUAAGGAAGGGUAUAUUGGAUAAUUUGGAUAAAAAAAAAAAAAAAAAAAAAAAAAACUGUCUCUAUUUUAUCAGCGAAUAUGUCAAUAACAUUAUUGUAGACACGUCGUUAUGAAAAUAAAAUGUUUUCUUUCGCGUUUCCAUGGCGUCUCGUUAAAUUAUAAAUGACCCGAAUUCGCGGCCGUAAACGCACACCACGCGCGGGUACGAUAAUAAUAUUAUAAUGUAUACAAAUAAAAAACUGUUUUUUUUUUUUUUUCAAAUGAACAUGUGUAGGUGCACACACGCGGAUUUAACAAAUAAUUAGCCGAGACUCUCGGAAGCGUCGCGGCGUAAUUAUACUGUCGUGUCCGCGCACUUUAUUUUCGGGACCAUGUCGCUGUACGAUCCGGACACCAUCGCGCCUUUUUACACGAAUCCGCGCGUCCGUAAAUCGUGAAAUAAUUUAUAUUAUGCACUUUAAAUAAAAAAAUAAUAAACGAUAAUAAUAAUAAACGCGCGCGCGGAGAAAAUCGAUUUUUUUUUUCUGUUGAGAACGAAAUGUUUGUGCGUGCGUCUGGCUGGCGAUGCCGCGUGUUUUCGUCCGUUAUCCGGACAAUAUAAAAUAUAUUCCGAGGGGACAGAUGGCGAGCAGACGGCGCGGAAGAGACGCGCGUGCCCCGGUCUCUCCCUCCCGUUCUCACUCGCACGCCACCGUUCCUCCCGCCAGUGUACACAAUAUUAUAUUUAUUUCCCGCUCUCUUUCUAAUUUUGUAUUUUUUUUUCCCUGUUGUUUCCUCACCACCUGGCCCCCGCUUUCACGCGCAAACCCGAACAGAUGUCCCGGGGACCACGGCGCAGAUCUACCAACCCCGGGAUACGUACGUUCGGCGCACGAUGGUAAAUUCUUAAUCGUCCAUAUUACAGUGUUGUGUAUGCUAGUUCGGUAUGUACGACCCGGGGGGAAUUAACACGGUAUUAUGGAGUAUAGUAUUAUAAUAUCCGCGGUAAUAAAAACGUUUAGUUUUCUACCGCGACCCGUUCGAUUUCCCACGAUCAAUGUCGGUUUGUUCCGUAUAAAUUUUUUUUUUUUUUUAGUUUUCCACCAAGUUCACGUAACCGAUUUUAUUUUUAUUUUUUAUAGUUUUCAAUAUAAUUAUCAUAGAGAUUGGACCGCGACGACAAUCGCCAUAACAUUAUAUUAUUCACAUCCCUUAGCAGACGCGGGUCUUGACAUUCAAUUAUUGAAACACGCGAGUCCGCGAACGGACACACAAGAUAACAACAACCGUCGGAAAAGCGUUCCCUUUGAUAACGCGAGGCAUAUUAAUAAUAACACAGGUUAGCCGCAGGUUUAAAAUAAUCGCGAGUGCGAUAAAACAUAAGUCGUGAAAUCCGGACGGUGUUGAAUUAAUUUUGUAGUGUGUAUAAUUUAAAUUCUGUUUGCGGGUCUGUCCGUCCGGCAUCCACUUUACAUAUUUACAGUUUUAUUCCGAUGCGACUUUGCACACUUGACAUUUAAAACUCGAGGACGAGCGCUGUUUCCUUUCUAUCUAGAAAUUAAAACCGCUAAAGAUGGCAGACACAGGGUUUUUAGUAUUUUUUAAUUGAAAAUUGACUUUUUUUUUUUUUGUUGAUUUACGGGUUGCCUCGGUGGCACGGAUGAACAAAAAACAGUUGUUAGUGUAUUAUUUUAAUUUCGUUUGCUCAGGCAAGGACGUAUCCUUUUUAAAAGAUAGAUUGCCGGGCAACAUCGAUUAACUGCGAUAUAGGGAUAACGGUGGAAACGGAGAAACACGUUAAAUAUAAUUUGUUUUAUUGAUUUUUGUUUUUAAAAGGAAUGAGUUCGGGACAUUCCGGAUAAUUCGUUUAUGUUAAAUAAAAAUACUAUAUCGAAACUGCACAGCGGAGGGCAAGCCUUACAGAGUCAUGACACGUUUGGGUACACUAUAAAUCUCUUGAUAAAUAACUCGUUUGGGUGUCUACACUAAAUUUUUUGAAAAAGUAAGCAACAACACAUGAUAGUACCUACCUUUAAUUGUAUAGUGCAAUACGUUUUGUUUAAUAAACGUAUUUUUCGUAAAAAAAAAAAAAAAAAAAAAAAAAAAAUCGUUAGAGCCUAUUGGCGUUAAUUUCCCCACACGUCGAGUCUCGAACACCGCGGAAAUGCUUAUUGAUCUAAAUCUCAACCGAAUACCAAGUCUAUCGCAGCUUAUUUGUAAUCUAAUCUGAUAUGAUGACAGUUAUUGUCGUCAAAAUAGUUCAUAAAUCAUUUAGGCUAUAGUGAUUUUGAUAAUAUAUAGCGCAUCGGUGUGUUUUAUUUGUGUACCAAUAAACGUAACCUAACCGAUAUACCUCUUGCGUUUAUGGUUGGAUAUCGAUCGCGUGGUGGUGGUGGUGGUGGUAGUGGUGGUGUAUACAAACGGGGUAUAAAAACUAUCAAUGAAAACUCAAUAAAUACAUAGGUACCGCGGUCGUUAUUUUUUCGUUAACAAGGACUUUAUUUGUGCGGUUCACUUUAUUAUAUGACGUGUCGUCGUGUUAUUUAUUUUUUCCUGCGGUUUUAUAUGUAUAUAGUGGUUUUUCUAUUUUAUCAACGCGAAGACGCCAAAGGUCGAACGGGGAAUAAAAACGCACACAAAUAUUUGCUCAGAAUAUAUCGCUACGGUGUUAGCGCGCUGUAUAAAUAUUCACAAUACAAUAUUUCGCGUACUAUAUAAAUGUAAUGUACAAUAUUACAUAUUGUAAUACUAUACUGUACCUAUAUAGCAUAUAAUAUAUGUGAGCUUGUACGACGUCCAAUCGGUUUUUUUUUUUUCGAAUCUAUAUCCAUACUCGGUCAGGUCGUAUAGACAUUAGGCAUAUAUAAUUACCGUUAAUAAUCAAUUAUUAUUCAAAUAGAAAUGUUAAAUACCUACUACGUAUUAUAUUGUAGAUAAACGAGUCGAUUAUACUUGGGUAUAUAUUUAUAGGGAAAACGACGACACGUCUCUCCGUGCGAAAUGCAUAUUUACACUAAUUAAAAAACCUUUUCUUUACUUAAUUUCACGCUUGCACUUAUUAUAAUAUUAUAAAUUAUAUUACACGUAUAUACUUACGAUUUUGCGCACUCGCCGUAGAGUACCCCUUGAUCUCGUUUACAGUCUUAUGUCAAACGCAAACCGCGUAUAGUAGAUACGAGCUAUUGACCAUAAUCCGGAAAAUCGUAUUAUAUAGGUGGUCCUAUCAUAUUAUAAUAUUAUCGUCUAUCUCCAUUACGGUUUUCGUCUGUCCUUAUACGAGGUGAUGUUUUUGCAGAUUUUUAUACCAGCCGAUUGCACGGGAAUUCUAUUAGAAUUAUUAAACUUCCAGUGGGCCCAUAUCGCAGUGCAAUCUAUUAGCGAGCUCUUUACAUCUUAUUAUACUGCAAUCGUAUAUUAUACGCAGACAUUUCCAGCGACGUCCGAUCGAAAGUCGUCCGGCCUUAGGAUACACGCAUCACCAUCAGUUUUUCCCAAACUUUUUCUCAUAACGUUCGCGUCCCGCACUACUAUCCGUCAAUAAUAAUAACCUUUGGUUAUUAUAUUGUCUUCGAUAACUAACCGGAUUUUUCAGAAGAUACACAUGGUAAUAUCGCCCAAUUUGGCGCUCCCUGAAAAUUAAAACCGAGAGGGCGGCAGUACUCGGGUUGCGAACCCCUGUUACAAACGGCGAAAAAAAAAUAAUAACAUACGCAUCGAACCUUUCUUGGCUUACCCGGUCGCGGGCUGAAAAUUCCGUGAUACACCAAUACAAUAUACAAUACUCGUGUGACACAAUGGAAUUUCAAACCUUUCGAUAUUCCGGUUAUUUAUAUUUGUAAUAUUUGUUUUUUUUUUUCCGUCGUUCCUGUCGUCAAUUUAAUAUAUAAUAUGAUCGCCCAUUAUAAUAUUAUACGUUCGAAAAACCAAUUGCACAAAGAUGUCCGUUGGGGUUGGAAAGAGAAGAAAUUCUGGACAGCGCACAAAUGACACGGGCAUUAACAACAUAAAUCGUAUACGAAAAUACUUCUACGUUCUACGCGAUUGAUUGAAAACGUUCUUUUUUUCUUUUUGUCUUUUUUAGACCUACCCAAACGAGUUUCAUAUGCUAUUCGCGGAUAUUGUCCUUUGUCGUCCAGUAAGUCAAUUUUUUUUUUGUCAAUAGAACGCGGUUUGGUUUGCUCUACCUAUAUAGAACCCGUUCCAUCACGACAGGAAUAUAAAUUCCCCCGAUAUUUUAUCUAUUAUUAUUAUACGAACCUAACGGAACUUCUUGUUAUCAUAUACGAGUGGUAUUUAAUAACAAUGUAUUAGGUAGUAUAAUAAUUUAAUAGAAUUCACGGAACGACGUGCAGCAAUACGAAACAAAUAUACAGGGUGUCUCGCCGUGCGUGUUUCGUAAUAAGAAACUUGUUCUGCGCACAUGGAGUUUGCCCCAGAUUUGGAAUAAACGAUAUAGCCAUCGUGCGGAAAGAAAUAAUUUGAUUGAAAACAUCGCUUAUAGAGAUUUAUUAUCCAUGGAUUAAAAUCGAUUUAUUUUGAUCACGGUAUUAUAAUAGGCCGUGUACAGAACCUCAAACUAAGAUAAUGUGGUCACGAUGAGGUAGGCGAGUGGUGGGAUCAUGGUUAUUGUACCGUUUCUUCUUGGACUGGGAAACAUGCGCUGUGAUAAGGAAAAUACGUGUUUUUCCGACAUGCCUGUUUAUUUAGUAUUUUCUAGUUCAAGUAUAUGCCCGGAGUCGCAUUUUGUAAAUGUAUGUGCUCUUAGAACCAAUAAGUUCUUCAAGUAGACCUAUACCUUAUCAUACGAGUCAAUAUGCGUUCUGAUUGUUCUGGUGGUAUUUCAAUGGAUUAAAAUAAUGUCAAUGAAAUCAAUGCGGUCAACGAUUGUCAAAUUCGUUUUUAUCGAAUAAGUUAAGUUUUAAAAUUUUACCUCGGCUUUUUCUUAGGUAAUCCGUGGCGGUAUUUCAUCGAUUAGGUAGUAGGUUUUUCUAGGCUUACGCUUAAAACACUAAAUUCCCCGGAGAAGCAUUAAGUUAGGACCAACAGUGUUAUUCAUCGACUUUAAGGGAGGGGGGGAGAGGGACAGAAAUACGCAACCCGGAAACGUUCGGUAGAAAUUUUAAUCAAUUUUUCCUACUGUAAAAAAAUGUUUACUGCGCAACGAAAUAAAAAUAAAACAACACGAUAAUAUACUUGGAAGUAAAAACAACGUUUUAAGCAUUUAAACUAUAUAUACGACACGCGUAAUAAUAUUAUUACGUACCUGCCUAACGUACACUAAUUAUAUUAAUGAGACUUCACAAAACAUUAUAAUUAUAAACAAUUAUUAAAAAUGCAGUGCUUCUGAGAGCUAAUAAAAAUCGUAUUUGAACGGACCGAAAUAAAAUAUAAUAAUUUAACGGACAUUUUUCGCGUUGACGUUUUCUGUGCAGGCACUGCACGCGCGUCGCGUUAUGUGAAUUAUGAUAAUAUAAUUAUAAAUAAUAAUUUAUAAUGUUACAUAGGUAUGUAUAUUUUUCGACCGAAAUUUACCAAACGAGUACGAUGAGAAACAAUUAUUACAUGGCCAACGUUUAUUUUCCUCCGUGAUUUUCGCCCGCUCUAAAUAUUUCAAACGCCGCACGCUGCGUGUUCGUUUGCCGUACGACCGAAGACCUCUUCAAAGUAUUAUUAUAUACGAUACAGCUGAAACGAUUAUUAUUCCGCCGUGUGUGCGGUUCGUGGGCCGUGAUGGGGGGGGGGAGUGGUGCGGAGGGAAAGGGGUUACGGUAUAUUUUUAGGCCGUCUGAACGCGGUGAUGUUUGAUGAACGGAAAAUAAAAAAUCGCUCGUACCUUACUAUUUGUUUUCCUCCGCCCCGUGUUACGUGCACUAUGCGAGUACUGGACUGCGCUUUGCUGCGAUUCACUUGAUUUGCCUUAGACUAAUAAGACCCGCGACUACGAUUUGUCAUCGGGGCGAUUUUUUAUUUUUCGUUUUAUCGGAAUAUUCGGUUCUGUUUUGUGUCUAAUAACAUUUUACCGUUUUGCAUUAUACAAUGUCGCAGCCGUCGUCGUACACAACGCUGCCGCGGCACUCACGUCACCAAUGGCCGAGUUCCAAAAUAAAAGAAACGUACAAAUUUUUAAUCAGAGACCACAGAUAGAACAACGUACACGUGAACCGUUUUAUGUAUUUUUUUUCCUCUCUAUAAUUUCACUACUUCUUCUAUAUCUCGAUAAGCAUCUCCACCGGGCCACCGUCGCUUAAACAGCGCGUGACGCGCUCGCAGCCGAAAAACGUUUCCCGUUCGCGCUCCAUUUCAUCGGACAAAAACCGUCGUCGUGACUUUUGACUCGAGCUAUAAGUCGUAGGAAUUUUUUAAUUUUUUCGUUCUUUUUUCCGUUUCCCCGUUUUGGUGGGGCGAACGGUAUAAAAACGAAUUGCGCAUUAUGUAUUAUAUUAUUAUUUAUUAUUGUGUGUGCAUUGUUUCAAACCGCAUUCAGAACUCGGUUAUAAUAACGUAGGUAUAUAGACGGUUUGCACCGGUCACCGCCAUGUGGUGAACGGGUUAUAUAUGCGUAUAUGUAUAUAAAAUGAAAUGAAAAAACGACCCGACCGACCCAAUAGAAAGUGGUCAGAGUAUCAUAGCGUAAUGCAAUAAUAAUAUACUUACGGAAUAUUAUCAGCAGUUUCGUUGAAAAACGCGUGUAUCGGACUAUAUUUACGUAUAGGUAUAAAAACAUAUUUUAUAGUAUUUUGCUACUCCAUAAACCAUUGAAAUAAAAUAAUGCAAAUAGGCGCAGAGAAAUCUUCAUAAAAAACCCCUGUUUCUUAUUGAUGUUAUUAUUUUUGAAAAACUCAUAAAAAUACUUGACGUUCAAACUUUUCGUUCUAUUUGUUUCAUUUCAAAUAAUCGUAUUAUGAUUGCUCGCACAAUUUAUAAUAUUCGAAUCGCGUUUACGAUGAUAUUAUCCACAAAGAAAAAAAGAAUGUGCUUUUUCGACAAAUAAUUGUUUUAAACGCGGAUUAAAUAUUGUACUCCUUUUGUUGUACCCUAACGUAUUAUUAUUAGGAAACACAUUUAUGUAAUAUAUAGCCGACGUAGUUUCGUAUUGGACCGACGGCGAGGAGGGGGAGGAAACGAAUUUCUAUUGGGACAUUCAAACUCUAAUAUUAUUAUUUUAUACUGAUUCUUUAUAAUUUUUGUAUUCUCCAUUUACGCUCCCCCGUAGUUCCGGGUAUUAAACUAACGGAAAUCCGAACCGAUAACAGGGUGAAACAUAUUCAGUUCUCUAGUCUUCUACACUGAAGAUUGAGCUUAUAAAGUAUUUAUUUUCUAUUUAUUUUUUUUAUUUCUGUAGAAAACUACGGUGUACGGCGUUACCUAUUUCUGUGUACUAUAAUGUAACUAACUGUACUGGCACUAUCGCAGCCGUUCUGUCUCUCUUCCAAAUUUAUUACAUAUUUACUACGUAUACUACACGCUAUUAUCUUUUAUUUAUUUUCUAAGUAUAUCUUGGUAAACGUUCUUUUUAAAUGUCCUGCGCGCGUGUGUAUACUAUUUUUACACGUGUACUUUUUUCUUUCUUUCUGUAGCGUUUUCUUCUUCUCUCUUCACUGUGUUUCGCUGUAGUAUAUUAUAAAUGUACAAGUUUUUCGACGGCUAUCGUUUAUUUACAUGUAAUAUAUUAUUUAUAUAGCGUAAAAUUGAUACAUUUCAUUUUGGACACAAACGUAUACCGCGACGAUGACGGGUCGUCGAAUAUUUUUUUUAAUUAUUAUAUGGUCUACACCUUUGACAAGACGUGAAUUAUAGACAGAGGUAUAUGAUUUAUGAUUUCUCCAUUGAUAUUUUUUUUUUUUUGUUCGUAUCACAUUAUUAACACACGUUAUUACUAUAUAGGUAUAGUAAAUAAAUUUGUUUUGGCCUACAUUAUAUAGUUGACAAUACUAUAAUUUGUUGUAUAUUUUAAAUAGUUAUGUAGACAAGGUGAUACUCGUACGUAUUUUGUAGUAAUUUUAUACACAGUUCUGUGUGAAGUAUUUUGAACAUCAUAAUAUGAACUAUAGUUUAGUCGUUUUAGAAAUUGAAAUAUUUCUGGAGUAUAAAUCAUCUUAUAAUAUAUUAGAAAUUCAUAUUAACUUUUCGUGUAUUUUUAUAUUUUUUAGAUUUAAACCGUCAAAUCGUCAACGUUUUACACUAGACACUGUUCUUUUUAUAGUGCUAUGAAAGAUAUUAUUGUAUAAGGUCUCGCAUAACAACCGGCAAACGUCCGUACCUAACAGCUGACACGUUUCCAGAAAAACUAUAUGAAGAAAUAUACAUAUUAAUUCGUAUUUAUUUUACAUUUGGACUACAAUUAUUAGAUUUUUUUUACAACAAUAAACAACCCGAGUUCAAGAGAUCAAUACUUAAGAAGAUUUUCGAUAGAAAAUUCGUUAAUAAAGUAUGAAUUCAUUACAGAUAAUUUGAAUGCCGCCAUUGUCAUGGUUUAAACCCUCGAAUUUUAUAUUCAAAAAUUUUAAAAUUUAAGUUUAAUACGCGUAAGGAAAUGGGAGAUUAUUGAAAAAAUAUUAGAAACUUUUUGAAAUGAAAAAUGAAAAAUAUGAUUGUAUAAAACCUAAUUAUAUUUGACCCCCCCCCCGAAUUGAAUAAUCGUGAAAAUUUAAGUGAAUACGCAAGUAAUUUAUUCGUUUUAAUUAGAAUUGAUUACUUUAUAAUCAUAAAUAAUCCGAAGUCUAUACAUAUAGAAUAUCUAAUAAAAUAAUAUUUACGAGAGCAUUUCACAGAAAUCCGACAAAAAAAUAAAAAUUAGUUAAAAAAUAUAAUACUUUGUUGAACACCAGGGGUAAAUGAAAACCAUAUUUAUGGAAAACGUUUAUAAGAAUAUUUUAUCGAUACAAUUAGUGCAGUGUGUACUUGCGCUGUUUCCUGAAUUUCAAUUAGGUAUUUUUAUUUUAUUAUUAUGCGUCGGUUGGAUUUUUUUUUUUUUUUAAUUCGAUUCCACUCGAGUUUUAUAAUAUCCGAUACGUUAUUACCCAUAUCGUUAUAAUAUUAUAAUCAUUUUUCGAUGCGAAUUUAAUUAGGUAAACCAUUUUUUUUUUUUUUUUUUUUUUAAUUAAUAGCUUAUCGUUUGGCAAAAGCGUUUUCAAACAAAUAUUGCCAUGUGGUCAGUAAUAUAUUGUACUGUGUGCAUAUGCAAAACUUUCAUUUGUUCAAUUUGAAUUUGUAAUACGUCGUCGUAGGUUUGAACAGCCUAUAGUCAAAUGUUAGCUUUAGGCUAAUAUCGUAGAUCAGAUGCGCCCUCUGCCGGCUUACAAUAAAUCGUCGUCAAGUGCAUUUUAUUCCGACAGUAUAAUAAAAAAAAAAAAAAAAAAGAAAUAGAGCCAAUACUGUUGUAUUGAAAUGAAAAAAAAAACUGGAAUGUCGCAAAACUCGCGUAUAGUGAAAAUAUCGACUAAUGGAUUUUCACCGGCAUCACUAUAAUAACAAUAACAAUAAUAAUAAUAUUAUGUUAUACCGUUGUCCUACUCUUAUAAUAUGUUAUGUUGUGCAUAAAUUUCACGUGCAGUUUAUCUACCUAUAUAUAGUAGGCUAUAAAUAUAUAUAAUAUACCUAUGGGUACUGAACCAGAACCGUGUUUGGAUUGUUUUUUUCCCGAACGUCUGAUGAGUUUUGUUGGUUUAUAUUUCUCUUUUUCAUAGUAUAAUCGAUUUAAAAACUCAUUAUUUUAUUGUUCGGAUAUUCCCGCCGGUCCGUCGUCAUCGGUUUGACAAAAAAAAAAACACCGUACUAUAUAUUAUACAUUACUAACACCGAUGUAGCAUCCGUUUGCGAUUUCAAAUAUCCGAGCACUAGAGUUCGACUGGUAAUUUUUUCACUAUUGGAUUUCAUAUCUGAUUUUUUAAAUCCACUUAUUAUUGAGACGUGUUAAAAAAACCUUAUCGAUCGUCAGUAUAAAACGCAUAUGCGGAAUGUACCCGUUAUAUUUAUUAUAUAGUGACCUAUUAAUGGUUUUUGAAGUUUACAUGUACGCGGUUCGCGAAUAACGGACUAAUGUUUUGACUAUGAACGUCGAGGCCAAAAAUCUCCGGUGAGAUCCGCACUAUCGAUUUUUAAUGGCCGCAGGCAUACCGACAAUUCAAAACUGAUAAUAUUACACACGCCUAAACGCAUAUAAUAAAAAUAUUGGCGAAAUAUGACGAAAGACCGAAUUUUAUUUCGCGCAAAACAUCUCUCGAAAUAAUAAUAAUUGAAAACGUUUCUCUGCGAACGCCACCGGCGCCGUUUGCGGGAAUCGGUCCAAAAUACAAAACGAGAGAGAAAAAACUUUUUAAUCUUCUUCCUUGUGCGACCGCGGCUGCGGGGUGACAUCGGACGCCGUCGGACUUUAAUUAUUACGAAGCCGGAAAAGAGGGAGGGGAUAGGGGAAAGCAAAAAAACAAACUCGACGAUUACAGUGGAAAGAUAAAACACGUGGCGUUCGAGGACCGUUGUCGGAACCCGAGACGAUAUUAUAAAAAUGCGUAUAAUAUCGAACGGGAUUUUUCUUCUCUUUCGUUAUUCUCUCUAGUGGCGACACGAAGGGAAAAAAAACGGGUGGGUGUUUAGAAAUAUAACAAAAAUUGUACAAAACAAAAGUCGUUAAAAGAAUUUUAGACUGUGGAAAUUUAGAUAAAUUGUAUUAAUGACCCUCGAGAAAACUCGGUCCCCUUUAUCCCUGGUUUGUAGAUUUUGGGGUAUUUUUGGUAGGCAUAGAAAAUUAAAUCGGCAAUUCUAGGUAAAAACGCUUCGCGCUGCCACUGAAUAGAUUUCCUCUGCUAUACUUCGAGGACGAAGACGUGGAUAUAUGUAUUUCUCGACUGCUGCUGGGUACCGCCACAGUGGCGUUCAAUUCAAAAACGAUGACUUUACCAAUAUUUAUACACCGUUAACGCCGGUCAUGGCGAGGGGCGCGAUCGUCGCCGUUGCGUGCGUAAAGUGCGAACUCGACGUCGCGGAAUUAAUACGUUCCGGACCAUUUAAUCGGACGCUGCCACAACCGCCGCCGCCUCUUAUCACGGAGCGUUCCGCGUCGCUGUGCUGAUAACGCCAACUCAGGACUUUGCCGUUGUGUAUUAUUAUUAUGCGUGGCGGCGGUGGCGGUGCGAUUAAUAGUGCCGCGUGCCGAUAACGAGCCGCGCUUAACCUUUUAGAUAUUAUUAUUACGUGUACCACCGCUAUAUACGUGAUCGAAACGGGGAAAGAAAAUUGUGUUCGAGAGAGCUGAAACGUGAAAAACAAAACAACAAAAAAAAAAACUCCGCGUUCAGACGUCGUUAUUAAUUAAUUAUUAAUUUUUUGUCGGGUAUUUUUUUUUUCACUUUGAAAUUCCGACGUUUUACCCCCGUAUAUAAUAUAUAUACGCAAUAUAUACAUUUUCUCCCCCGUCAAUGUGAUAGGAGGAGAGAAGAGAAUUAAUUAUAAUAUUAUUUAGGACCCCCGCCGUGUAUUGUGUGUGUGUGUGUGUGUGGGUGUGCAUUUUUUUUUUUAAAUUCAUGGCCCAAAGAAUAAAAUAUUUUGCAAAACGUAAACGACUAACGAUAGGGGGUAAGUAGUGAACAAAAACCGAAAAAAAGGUGGGUACGUGUACAUCGGAUUUUUAUAACCGAAAAUAAUACAGGCGCGUACGUAUUAUUAUUAUACUGAGGUAGUACCGGCUAUAUAGUGUAGUGUGUAUAGAGUACACAGAAAACGGUUUUUUUUUUUUUUGUGUUGUGGGUGAAAGGCAAACGAGAAAUGUGUAUAAUGAAAAGAACGAGGGAGAUAGGAAGAGUGAGAGAAAGAUACAUACCGCACACGGUCACCACUAUACCAGAGGUUAGUGGUAUACCUAUAUAUAAUAAUAUUUUAUUCUCGUGUAUAAUAUUCUGUGUAUAUUAGUGUGUGCGGCGUACGUACGUACGUACGUAUACGAGAUCGUGUUAUAAAUAUGAGCCAAGACCGCAGAACGAAUUGUAGUAUAUUGUCCGCGGACACCUUGAACGAUAUAAUAAUGUAUUAUGUGAUUUGUCGAUUUUUGUUUUCCCCACCGGCACAGUUUUCUUUCACAGACGGCCGCACCAAAAAAUAAAAAAUAAUAUUGGUCAAGAAGCCAAUAAUAUGAUGAAAAUUAUACUGUCGUCGUCUGCAGCGGCGGUGUACAGUUAUAAUAACAAUAAUAUUAUUCUAAACAGUUUUUGGCAAUGGCGUAUUUCGUUCGAUCGCAAAAACAAUUAUCGUCGUUGUCCACGGUGAUGCCGUUGACAGGGUCCAAUUUGUUGCUGCGGGAGACGUGGAAAUUUCACUAGGAACAAAUAAAAUUUCGCUACUUUCUCUUACGGGGAAAAAAAAAAAAAAAACGGACACGGAGAUAAUUUAAAAUUGAAUAACGAUAAUAUUAUAAUAACGAUAUCGCCGCUAAUCAAAACGCGUAAUUAGACGUUAACGGAGGACGGCGGGAGAAUCGGUCAAAGGAUGUGUGUUAUAUUAAUUUAUAAUAUUAUCAAAAAAAAAAAAAUAAAAUAAAAAAAUGAUUAUAACAUUAUACACGCCCUUCCGAUGAGAUAUUUCCAGACAUUAACGGAUAAACGGCUGCGGGACGACGCGGCGCGCGUAGUAAAGAAGAAAAAAAAACGAACUCUCUGCGGACGAUCGCCGCGGCCACAAAUAUUAUGAAUACCACACCGCCGCCGCUAUGAAUUAUGCAGAUUUCCCGAGUUAACGAGCUAUCAAAAAGUACAUUUAUUCGCGAUGAUUAAUACGUCGAUUCAAUGCGAUUCGUUUUACUUUGUGCUGCACCGUCGUCGAACGAGAGAAGAAAUACGAAUCCACGCCGCCGCGGUCUCUUUAUAUAUAAUAUUAUUAUUAUACACGAGAGGAGAAAUAAACGGUUGAGUUAUGUGAUGUAUACAGGGUCGUUUCACCCCUACCCUCCCCUCUCGCCCGUCGCCCGUCGCCCGUCGCCCGUCGCCCGUCGCCGUUCGAAGUGCGCGCAAACGACCCGAUUAUAAUAGCAUUAUAGAUAUAAACAAUAUCGGUUAUUGUCGAGCCGCGAUCGUUUUGCAGACGACGUUGUUUUUGUACGGACGACAAACCCCUGGGAGAGUUCGGGCGAAUUGUGUUGCCCCGUUCCGGGUACACAUUGGUCGAACAUUCGACGCCGUGUCGGACCCCCGGAAAUUCGUUUGAAAAAUAAAGUUUCAGCAUAGUGGGUAUCAGUAAUAUAAUAUCGAAACAACUCGGGUCGUAACUCAGUUAGCGAUUGGUCAAAUUUAAUUUAUUACGAACAGCAGCUGUUUAUUAGCCGCGCGCUACUAUUUUAAUAUGUACGUAACACGAACAACGCGGUCGUAUUGUAUUAUAGUUGUGUACGCGACGGUAAAAAAGUUCGUUAUCAGCCCGGCAAUCGUAUAUUUGACAAACCCUUCGUUCAAUCCGGGAAAAUGGUUCCAGCCAGACUGUUUGAAUUUUGACGUGCGUCAAACAGUCGACGACCCGGCGUAUCCCUCGAUUCGUUAUGAGAACGCACUUUGGAUACUUUAUAUUAUAUUUAUAGUUCACACAAUGUAAACAUGUUCGUUUUCGACGAAUUAUCGUAGCGGCGGUAUCAAAGGUUAAAGGCGGGUGAAAAAUGAUUACAUCGCGGACUAUUCUCGCUUAAAAAAUAAUAAUAAUAAUUACACUCGCCCAAUAAUGACCGUCGUCGCCCGCGGGUGCGCCUACAUCGACUAUAAAUAUAAUACACGAGACGUCCGUUGGACUAUAUGAAAACUAAACCGCGAGACGGCCAAAAAACAAACUGCUGUCAUUAUAGUAUAUACUGUAAUAUGUCUUCGUGUAAAAAAAAAAAAACUUACGUUAGAUAAAAGUGAAUUCGUGCGUAUACUUUUGGUCCAGUUAUUCGUUGUAUAUUAUGUACAGCUGCGUGUGGCCUUCGUCGGGCGACACCGUCGCGACCUUGAGCACAACACUUACAAGAGUGUAUUACAAGAGAGUAAGAGAGAGAGAGAGAGAGAGAGAGAGAGAAUAUCAAAAUGCCGAACGGUUUUUUCUCCUAUUUUGUGUGUUAUUCAUAAUGACGGCGUGUCUAAAUAAUAUUAUUUUAUGAUUUACCGCGCGAUAAAAUGCAGUGUUACGCGUUCGGUUUAAUUUUUUUUUUUUUGCCAUACGAUCGACCUCCUGCUCCGUCACCUAAAAGACAUUUCCUAAGUCUAUAUAAAGACGAUCGAAACGUUUCGGAGGGUCAGGAGUGAUGGUGAUGUUAUGGGAGGGAAGAGGUGUUUGUAGGUAGUGCUUUAGAAAAUUACUUUAACCGGGCGCGCGGGCCACACCCAUCAACGUCCUGUCAAUUCGACCUCGACAAGACUUUUUUCUUUUCGGGGUUUUUGUUUUCUUUUACUACUUUUUUUUUCUCUUAUUAUUAUUAUCACCGUUGUAUACCUUACAAUGUCUUCUUUUAGGACUCUAACCGGCCGUUUCCUGCCAACGAAAAUAUAGCCUAUUCCACAUCGCGUACCUGUGUUCUGUAUAUAGGUAUAUAGUGUGUGCAGAUAUACACGACCCGGAGGUAAUCGGAUCCUCCGCCGGUAGAAACGCUGUCGGAAAAAUGAUCUCUGUACUAGCUAUAGCUGGUACCUACUCGGAUUGCGAUACGGAGGAGAGAGAGUGAGAGAGGUUGUAGAGAGAACAAAAACCGCAUUUGACGGCGGCGUAUUAAAUGUCACGUGGCCUCACACUAUGUAGAUUAUAGAAAAACGUGUCUAUUUUUGAAAAUGUAUUUUAAUAAUAUUUACGAUUAAAAAAAAAUAUACGUAUAAAAAAAUGCCGUUCAAUUUACUGUGUGCACGUAGUUUAUAAUUUUUUUUUUUCUGUCAUGAACUCGGUGUGGCGUCUAGGAAAUUACACCUCUGUUGUAUACUAUACGAUAAUAAUUAGUCGACACGUUAUUAUAUUAUGCAACUCCGCCCGUCCAAUUAUUAUUAGGUACAUAUUAUUAUAUUAUUCUACGACACUAUCGCACUGGGGGAAUUUAACGUCAUAAUUAUCAUUAUCUCUCGACGAACGUUGAAAACCCGACAUUUCGAAUUGGCCGUCGCUUGUUCUAGUUAUAAAGUUAGAAUUAAGUCGAAAAGUUACUCUUGUUAGUAACUUUAAACUUAAUUAGUGGUUUUAAAUUCAGAAUAAUUUUCCAACCUAACGCAUUGUUUUGGAUACAUAACAAAAUAUUUUAAUCUAGCGUGUUAAAAAGAAAAAAAAAGUAACUUUUUAUAUAAUUUUGUGGUUUUGUAAUAUUUAAAUUCUUUAAUAAUAAAUGUGGUACCUAUAAUUAAUAUUAAUGAUUUUGUUUCCCGAUGUAACAUAAUUAUUACACGAUACACAGAUGAUGGUUAAUAAGUGUUAUUAUAGUUAUCAGUGAUAAUAUGAUUACUAAUGUCAUCACCAUCAUGGUUAUUUAAUAUAUGAAGAACGAAGAUUAUAUUGAUGUUUGAUAAUCGCGAUGAUAAAAUUAUAUGGUUUACUUUUUGAAUGAAUACGUUCCCAAUUUGGGUUGUUAUUUCCGCAGAUAAAAUUUAACAUCUCAUUGGACUGGUUUUUGAUAACAACUAAAUUAACUUUAGUUUUGAGUAACUAUUGUUCAGUUUUAUGUAUUAUAAUACACAUUUUUUUUGGGUAUAAUAAUAUUAUUAUUUACCUACCUAUUCUGAAUGUCGCAAUUUGAUGGCGUUUUCAAUUCUGAUUGAUUUCUUUUUUUUUUUCAUAUUGCAAUGUACGAUUUCGAUUGAACGAGAUCGCGUUUACGUGAAUUUGUCGAAUUGCGUAAAAAAAUUAGAAAAAAAAACCGUGUAUUUUUUUUCUACUAUACCUAGUUUGAUUUUUAUUGUACAAUGACACGAUAAACACCGACGACGGCGACAACGAGGGUUUGAUGUAAUAAACCAGAGUACGUACUGGUUUUUUUUUUUUAGAUUUAAAUUACAUAGUCAUAAUUUUACAUGUUAGUUUUAUAAUUCGUAUAUACGGCGUAUUUUAUUUACGGCUAUAUUAUAUUAUUAAAUGCGUAUGUAUUUUGUAAUCGCGGUUGAUAUUUUAAACUCGUGCCUUUUUUUUUCGUAUACAUCUUAAUUAAAACUGUCAUAUGACCUCAGAUAAUGAAAUAUGUACGGGACACUACCAAAAGUGUGGUCAUUAUAUUUUCGCGGUCCUGAACUGAUAAGAAGUGUGACCGUUUGUUUACAUUUUUGAACAUGAUUACUACAGAGCUGAACCACAGGUUACAACACUCUUUACUGAUAGGCUGUUAUAGCUGUAUCUGAUUUUUUAUGAAACUGCAUAUCGAACAAUGUAUCAUUCAAUAAUAAUAAUAAUUAGGUUACAUAUUAUCGGACCGCUUGAUGCGGUGUCUGACCGAAAACCUGUUUUGCACAGCUGUUCGUAUCAUUCCGAGCGUAAAAAAAUACGACGGCGACAUAUCCGAUCAGCCGGAAAAUUAUCGUAGUCGAUUACUUUAUUCACUACGUUUAAAAAACAAACCAAACAAUAAUUAUUAAUUAAUCAAUUGGGUGCCAUUGUUUCGGGCUGCCGCAGUGAUGGGUAUCCGUUUUCGUUGUCUGUCUGAGAAUUAAAAAACAAGUAAAAAAGUGCUUAAAUUAACCUUAUCGUAUCAGUAGUAUAUUACAUAGACAUUGGAAAAUCCGGCCGGAACGCCGUUUUCGAAUCACGUUCGCACGACAACCAAACGUACGAGUAAAUUAUAUUAGUGUGAUAACAAAUAAUAAUGAUAAUAAGAAAGUCUGCGGACUGAAUACGAAUGCAGGUUGGUCGCGUUACAGACGGCGAGAGGUUUCCAAGGGUGGCCGGGCGGAGUCGGAAAAAUCAAUAGUUUUGUUUCGAAUGCAGUAUAACAGCGCCCCCCUAACUCAGUGGCAUGCAUACACAAAACGGUUGUAAAUUAUUAGUAUUAUUGUUAUAUUUUUUUUUUUUUACCAUCGGGGUAUGUAAGUUAUAAUUUUCUAUCGAUUACGUGAUCAUUAACGUUUUUUUUCGCAAAUAAACACAUCGUAAAUGUGUAUUAUUAUACAUAGUUUUGUCGUUUACUCUCAGUAUCUUUAACAAAAGGUUGUGUAUAGGCAAUUUACCAUGAUGAAAAUCGAUCAACUAGAAAUUAUUCGAAUUCACUUUGAAUCAAUGAAUAAUUAUUGCUAGUAGUAUUAGCAUACGUGCAGGGAAUCUGUUUAUUAUAUAUUCCUGAAAUUCGUUUUACGUGUUUCAUCGUAAUAACAGUUAAAAAAUAUUAAACCCUUCAAUAUAUAUUUUCAGAGAUAGUAAAAUACUCAAAAUAAGGAAAUUGAUCGAUAGAGCAAAAUAUUUCGGAAACACCUCAUAAUAUUAUGUGGUUAGUAAUUAUUUGUUUUGUUUACAUCUGUUUAUAUUCUCGGAAAAAAGUUGACGAGAUUCGUUUUUCGGAAUAGCGUCCACUUUCUAUUUUUUAUAAUGUAUAUUUUAUUCAAAAAAUCAUUUAAAAAUGUUUGUCUGUUGUAUUGUAUUAACAUGUUUUUUUACCAUUGGUAAAGAAUCUCUUUUUAAGGAUACGACGUUGUUUUUGACAAUUAUAAACUAUAAUAAAAGUAAAUUUGAUAAUAUUGAAUAGUUGACUGCAAUAAAAUAUAGUAAACGAAUAAAAAAUAACCGAUAUACAUAUCGUAAAAAGACAGUUAAAUUAUUUUGAUCUAAGCUUUUUUUCGUCGCAAAUUUCACGGUUAAUGACCAACCAGAAUUAGGAUGGCCCGUUUCAUAAAUUAAAAUAGUUUCCUAAAGCUAUAACAAUAAUCGUUUUGUCUUAGGAUUUGAGAGUAUUAAGUUCGAACUUUAUAAUAUUGUCUUUCCCGAUACCUUUUAUACUAAAAACACCACACCAAUGUGAUUAUUCCCUAAAAUGAUCUAAUUAAUGUCAAAGUUAAGCAAAACUUACAUGUUUGUCUUAUUUUCUUUCGUACAUACCGGAAUACCUCACUCAGUAUAAUAUAAUAUUUUUACACGCUUUCAUAGAAUAAUCACUUAAGUAUCGAUUAAUAAUUUUAAUUUAAUUUGAUGUUCACAUUCUUGGCAACUUUUUUUUUUUUUUUAUCGGUUUUUGUAUUUUGUGGUUUCUUCUCCAUAUAAACAUAACGCAUUUAGAACACUAUAUAAAAGCAGUAAGUAAUACUAAGUAUAUUAUUUAGUUAUUCGUGCUGAGUAAUCAUAUUUUUCGGUUAACGUUCUCGGGUUACACUCUCAACGAUAUACUUCAGCUACACAGUGAUCGAUUGAGGCAAAAGUGGUUUUGCAUAUUUUUUUUAAAAACUGACUGAAUAAACUACGACUAUAAUAAGUGUCCUUCGGAAAAAAAAGUAUUUCUCUAUAUACACUCUAGAUUAAUGGAUCUCAAACUUAAGGAAUACACGAGGACCCACCAGGAAAAGAUUUCAAAAUACCUGUUUAGUUGCAAAACAAAAUAUAUUAGUGGGUUAGUAAAAACAAUAUUAAAUACAAACCUAAUCUAUGAAAUCAUAUAGUUUCUGGCCUCCAGAGUUGUGGACUUGUUUAGGACCUUAGAGACUUCUUAAAGAAAAAAGUGUUUAAACAUUUUGAGCGUUUACUACGAUUUAUGCUAUUUUUGUUUGAUUUUAAUAAGAAAUAUUUGUUGAUACCUCAGAAUUUUCAUUGAAUUUUUUCUAAACAAAUUUUUUGAAGAGUAUAGUUUACAAAAUUAUUUUGAGUUCUUUACCUAGCUUGUCGAUUUUUUUGAUUAUUUAUUUUAACAAACAAUCAUUUUUAUUACGUAUAAAUGCUCGAAAAAAUUGUUACGAAAUUCAUGAUGAGUAACAAUUACCGGUAAAAGAAAAAUGUAAAAAAAGUUGAGCGUAAUGUCACAAUUUUUUUGUGUGUGUUUAAAGUUAACACUUUAAUGAAAUCUAUAGGAAAUACGUUUUUCUAAAACCUAUCUUCUUACAGAUUCGUCAUUUGUUUCUUAUUUUUUUUCUUCUAUUCACGAUUGAAUGAUAUUGUUAUUGUCUGCUCAGUAUUUUAUAUGAACGUAUAUAAAUUAGCUCGUGAAUUACAAAAUGUUAAACUACACACACUCCAUACAGCUCUAUCGUACUAUAUUAUAGUAAAACUACAUACGAGGACAAGGGGCCUUUGCUCUGCAUUCACGUACUAUAAACGGCAGCGACGGCGGGUCAUACGAAAACGUCGAAAAUCGUUACUUUUCAAGGUCUCGCCGAUAAUCGCCCCCUCCUCCCACUCACUCCCCCCCGAGUCUUUCGUACUAUAAUAUUUUAUUAUACAUACCGCGCCCCGUCGUACUCACAUCACAACGAUGAAAUACAUUUUAAGUCUUCGUCUCUUCGGUUUUAAUAUAUUAAAGUGUAAUCUAUUUACAUGAUUUUACUGAGACCAUUUGCAGCUCUAGAAACAUUCGAAUUUUAAUACUAUACACGGUUAUUGAGAAUAAGUUAACUUAUUGUCUAUAAAAACUAAAAUUUCUCAGAACGAAUAAGGAAAUAGAAAUUAUUAGUACAGCGCAAACACGUAAAUCGGGUCACUUUGGACAUAUACGAGAUAAUGAAUAUAAGAUACCUACAUAGGCUAAUGAUUCAAGGAAUGAUUGAGGUUAGGGACGGAUGUGGAAGAUCACGAAUAACACGGAUACAAAACAGAGAUUAAGACAGGGUUGCGCAUUUACGAAUACGCUUCUAUAGUCCCAGUGCCGCGUCCAAGUUUGCUGUUAUCGUUGGCUGGUUUUAAUUGCCAGGUUAAAAUAUCAUUUCUGGUUGGCCGAUACAAUAAAUCGCACAUAGGAAUAUCAUGUUGUCAUCAUAGUAGUAGUUGUCAAAUUUUUUCGUAUUGCGUGUAGGUGACACGGCCACCUCCAGUCGAUCGUUUAUGUGAUGGGGAAAAGGGGGAGAUUCGUUUUGGGAGAAACGGGUAUUGGUGGGGGAGACGUUUGGUUGGAAACGUGUAUUGGCGGAAAAGGAAAACGUGAAUUUCGGUUGAAAAACGGCGACGCCCACCGAAAUAUCCGACGGGAAACAAACACACGGCGCAACCACCGACUGUUCGCACACACGUGAUUUUAGUGUACUUCGCUAUGGGUAAUAACCGUUUUAAGCGUUUUUCGGGCAACGCACGCGAUACAGAAAACCUCGUUGUAUAGGUGUACGCGCCCCGCCCUACAUGGGUAUAUAGGUAUACGUGUUAAACAAGUACCAGUUUUUUUCUGGGACAUUUCGUCCGAAUAAUAAUAAUUAAAUUUGUAUAGUAUAAUAUAUUAUUAUAUCCGGCGGUUUUACACCGCUCGUCGGUCGAGUAAAUUGUUCCACAAACAGCUACUCAAAAAGCGAACUUUGCACAGCGAUUUUAUUGCAUAGUGAUGUAUAUUAUUUUUACACGAUUUUAAAACGCGAGAACGGAGAUUUGAACGUUAUAUAUUAUUAUUAUGAAUCGAUUCGACGUAACUUGGUCACACUGUCAGAACACACAAAAUAUACAAAACAAAUGUUCACAUUACAUUUUGUAAUUUAUGAAUAAUAUUCUCUUAUGGCUUGGGCGAAAACCGAACAAUAUUCUUCGAUCACGCAAUACGUUUGAAUAUUAUUGUUACUUUCAAGACAAUAUCUGCAGGAGGUGAGAGGGGGUGUUCGAAUCCCAUCCUUGAUACUAUCGUAAUGUUGUACGCGAUAUCUAUUGUACUUUUACAUAUUUUAUUCGAAAUUGAAUCCGGAUAUUUUCGAGUUGAAAUUUUCGUUUUUUUUCUUUUCUUUUCAUAAGCGGCUAUAGUAUAGUAAACCUCAUGAAUGCCACUGCAAGACUUGCGACGCCCUAUCGAUAAUGGCACACACUAGUUCGUUUAACAUUUGUAAGUAAAAAAGGUAAAUAAAUAAACCGACAAUAAUUCCCGAGUAAUAACAAAAUUUUGUAAAUACUGCGUGAUACCAAAAUAAAGCGUUGAUAUGGACAUUCCGAUAAUAUUAGACGUUGCGUGCAUAUUAUUACGCCGAUAAGGAAAAACGCAGUAUACAGUGACCGUGUAUUGUUUUGUUUCCUGUGCGACGGUUAUUUUUGUAUCAAUGCGGUAAUUUGUAGAAUUUUUUCGAGCCGAGUAUUAUAAUCACUGCAUUUUAAGUCGCAUUUCGUGGUGGUGUUAACAACCUUUAUGAAUGUAGUUUCACAACAUCAUCAAAUUAUCAUUUUGUCGUCGGUGUUCAACAUUCGACGUUCAUGUUUACCGGUUAUUGUAAACAUCUGUAACCGCAGUCAAGAUUAAACUUGUCGCCCAAUGUGUGUCUAAAUAAAUAGGUUUAGUUAUAUCAUUAAAUAGAAUUAGCACGAAUUAGACGCACAUAUUAUGGGACGAUGGCGCAACUCGAUAUUCGACGCUACAACAAAUAUAGUUUGUUUUGUUGGCAGUUUUCUUACAUUCUCAAAAUCCAGAUCAGAUAGAUUUUGAAAAUUGUAUUUCCAAAAGCUACCGAUAUAAUAUAUAACUUAUUUUUCAAACUUAAUUUUUGUGGGUUUUGGCUGAAUUAUCAAAAAUGAAAGUCCCUUGUAAGGUAGAAAGUUGUCAAUUUUUCAGAAAAAAAAAUAUAUAAAAAUAAUAAUAAUAAAUUAAUAUCGAAAUCGAAAAUCGUUUUCCAGAUAAACCGACAGCAGUGAGAGAUCUGUGUUAAUAAUGUCUCCUCAUUGUUGACACAAAUUUCCAAUUAGUUGUUAUAUGCGGCCAUUGAAAUCACGAAUGCAAAAUUAUAUUAUAAUUUUUAAUUAUUUUUCUGAUUGAUAGUUAGCAAAGCGUAUAAAAGGUUCCCUUACACGACAGACGCCUUUUUUAGUCCAUUUUUGUAUAAGAGCACAGAGACUUCGCAUGAUUUGCGCAUGCCGCAUUUUAAUUUAAAAACCGAUAAAAUAAUAGUAAUAUAUUAUCGCAUCGAAAUUUCAACACACAUGUUCAUUUAAUAAUAUUAUAAAUUAGCAACCAAAAGUUUUGCGGACGUGUACCUAUAGGUAUAGUGUAUAAUAUUUAUAGCAUUAUCCGGUUCUCCUCCCUCCCCCUCUCCCGUACGUCGUCGUCACCGUGAAAUCGUUUUUUCGCGUAAAAACUUUUAAAUUUCCCAAGCGUAAUAUAACACCUAUAUAAUAUUAUUAUAUUCUGAGCGGUUUAUUUUUAUUUUUUUUACAUACGUUCACCUCCAUGUUUCGAUUAAAUAUUUAGAACAUUUUUUUUUUUUGUAAACUCGUAUGUAUCUUUAAUACUGAUACUAUAGGGUAGUCGCGCAGUCUCUGAGGUGUUUUGAAAAUCGAUUUUUUUGUUUUUUAAUCUCCGUGUUAUAAUAUAAUCGAAACUAUUUUUCACUCGACGGGUCGCCGCUACCAUCGAGGUACGUGCUUUGCGACACUACCUCUGCUUUAAACAAAUUUAACUUUUGUUGUAUUUUUUCGGCGGCGUCCGAUUAGCGAAAAAACUUUUCCACGGCUCUGUGUAUUGUGUUUUUCUUUUUUUUUUUCUAAACUAUUUUCAUUCUAUUUUAUCGUUUCUCACGAUUGUAAUCGUGAACUCUUUCAUCGCUGCAGCACUGCAGUAAAAUAUUAACGAGGUGACGUAUUCAAAAAAAAGUGUGCAGCAAUAUUAGAAUCAAAUUAUAAUAAAAUAAUUAUCCUACUUGGGUACCCGCUACGUAUAAAUGUUUGUGUGCAAUAACGAUUGACCUAAAAAAAAAAAAAAAAAAUGUUAGAAACCAAAUUUACCUUACCCCAUUUGUACUCGAUGUGUAUAAUCGGAAUAGGAAAAAAAUAUAUUAAUAAUAAGAACACGUGCUGUCCAUCGAAACGCGAUAUUAUAUAUAUAUUUAUGCAUAUAUUUGUUUUUAAUUGACGUGGUAAUGAUUAUAAUAUAACUGCAGUUCGCGUGUAGAACUCUCAUGAAUGGUGUAUUUCACGUUUCUCGAGGUACUUCACUUCGAUAUGGAACGAAAAAAAAGAAACACUUGCAUGUGGUUUUCAUUUUUGAAUAGCCAAUAGUGCAAUUCAAUUGCAGUACCUUAUAAUACGUACUGUGUUUCUGUUUCAAAGUUUAGAUACUAUUUGCGGUCGAUUGAAUCGUUUUUCUGGGCCUUACCGGCUACCGCGUGCAAUUAUAUAUACCUACUAUAAUGAUAUUAUCGUAUAUAGAUGAUAAUCGCAAUUUAAGAUGAUACGUUAACAUAAUAUAUAUGGUUAGCGGUUAGGUUUUUCUGCCGUGAAAUGAAAUCGACCGGUCGACCUAGGGGGGUUCACGCUAUAUACCACCUACAGUAUUUGUUAAACACCGCAAAAAAGUAAACAGCGUGUAAACACGUAAUAUCAUUUUUUUGACUAUCUGUGUUCUAUACAAAAUAUUUGUUGAUAUUAAAAACGUGCUCAGAAAAUCUCUGUAAGAAAUGUGAGUUAUUUCAUCUUUUUUUCGGCUUUGAAAAUAUUUAUCGUCGAAUAUUUUGCCGUAGAAUUUUACCCGAAAAUGGAGACUACAAUUCUUUACAUCCCUUUUUCACUUGUGUACGAUUUUAUCAGUUUCCUUUGCACCAAAUGUGCUUAACGUCGGGCAUUAGAGUUGUAUUGGAUGAUUAAAAUGAUAAAAGUUGAUUACACCCCAAUAAUAUGAAUAAUGGGAUGACGGUGUCUUUUAACUUAAACACUCCUCUAAAUACCCCAAAUGAAGCCAGGGGACGCCAUUUUGUAUAUGCAUAGUGUUAGUAUAUCAAAUACGUAUCUUAUGGGUAUUUAAUCGUUGCCCCUAGGGUUUUUUAUGUUAAAAUUUUAUCAUUUUUUUUUUCUUUUUGGAAUUAAUAUAGUAUUGUAUUAUAGUUAAUAUUUGGUUACUAUUAAUGCUUUAAAAAUAAUAUAAUUAAUACGAAAUAGGCGUGGAAAAUUCAGCUUUAUUAUAUAUGGUGCUCGCGGGUGUCUGUUAAGUUUAAACGUUUCUCUGCCGGUCAUAAUAUUAUUAUUAUGACAAGUUUUUUGUAGUGGCUAUCUCGUCGGACAAUCGUAUUAUCUCGAAUCGCGUAUACGUGGACACGAUUAUUCCUUUUUCUGGCCGGUGGUACGGAAUUAAAUAGAUAGGGAAAAAAACGGGUCAACACGCCAACUAUGUAAUAUACGAGCCGUGACUCCCGAAAUGUUUUGCUUUUAUCGUUUUAAAACGUCGGUCGGACAGACAUUAUUAUUGUGCUCGGACAGUCGGAAAUACAUAAAAAAAAUUUAUAUAUUAUAAAAAAAAAAAAACCCCGUAAAUAAUUAAGACCGUCCCGAGAUUAUGUGCACAUUAUAAUAUUAAUAUAUUAUAACGGGGCACAUGUUUUUCAGAAUGUUUUCACGGUAUCUAUCGGAAUGUAUUAUCCAAUUAAACAGAUUCCGAUCUGUUACAACGAUGAUGAUAUUAUAAUAUACUAUACAAAUAUGGCGACGAAAUAAUAAUCGUAAUAAUGUACACAAGGCGAGGAUAUUUUGUAAAAUAUUAUCUACAAUAUGACUACGAGUACUUAUAUAGAUUAUCUGUACGAACAAAUUAUCGAUUAAAUUUGAUUUUAGUUUUUUUUUCGACUUUGUUAUACAACGCGAUUUUAUUUGGGCCCAUUGCUACAUCUAUUAAAAUGUUUAAAACGGUUUUGUAGAAUAAUUUCAAAACGAAAAAUGAUUGGAUUAUAACGAAACGUGUAUAAUCAAAUACGUAGUAAUCGACGAUGUUUUUUUUCUUGCAACCCCGAGUCUUCCGUCAGUUGAACACUUCCAUAGUUCUAUAUAUGUAUACGGUUUUUUUUUUUUUUUGUUCCGAAAUUUUGCAUACAUCCGUCAUAUUACGUCGGCGAAAGAAACCCGUCGAUUUUAUCCGUCGACCCAUUCGUCCGCCACACCCCUCGCUGACGUCCCUGAAAAUCCGCCACUGAGUCAGUCAGUGACUGAAUGUUAUCCACGUCAAUCCGCGUGCAGUGUUACUUCAAAGUCUGUUUUAUUACAAUGUUAUUAUUAUCGUUGCAGAAAAUUACUUUCUUUUCCGCGAUUUUACGACAUUAUUAUUAUUAUAGAGAGCUCAGUUUUUUUUUUUUUUUUUAUAAAUUACAGCGUACCUAUACUUUGCUCAUACACACGAGUCGGUCCGAUUUAUUAUGUAACGCGCAUCAUUGCGAAAUGUUCGAAUCGCCAGGAAUGCGUUUCGUCGUAGUCGUCGUCGCUCACACCCGGUCGACGUGCGUCCCGUACUCGUCGUACUUAUAAAAAUCGAAAAUGUCUAGUUUCGUGGACCGGUAAUAUAGUAUGCGAAACGCGUAUGGAGAGGAGAACCGCGGCGGGCGAGCGGGGCCGCUGUCGAGUGAACAGACGACGAAGACUAAUGCGACGAUUUUAAAAAUAAAUUUCCGAACAAUCGCCGUGCUCUCAUUAUAUUAUAUAUUUAAAAAAAAAAAAAAACACCUUUUUAAUAUAGCUGCGCUGCUAUAUAUGUUACUUCUACUACUUCGUUUUUUUUUCACCGCCGCCGCGCUCGUUAUUUUUAUCCCGAGGGAAAUAAUAAUAAAAAUAAAUAAAUAUAUUUACGGGGGGGGGGAGGGGGGAAAGAAAAAAAAAAACUGGAAAAUUACCAAGAGAUUUUCGCGCGCGCGGGAAAUAAGCGAUGUCGUAGAGGACCCCGGCAAUCCCGGUUUUUUGGCAAAACGCGGAACCUCGCGUCGUGACGAUGAUUUUUUUUUUUUAUUUACUUUUUUUUUUACACGCUCCGUUGGGUUCCAAUUAAAAACAAAAAAAAAAAUUAUAAAACCAUACACGUCGUAUUAUUAUUAUAAUAUUAUAUCUACCAUUGAUACAGUGCAGUUUAAAACCUCCAUGGAAAUGUUGCAUAACACUAGCUGCUGUAUACUGCGUCGUGGACAACGGUCGGAAAUCCCGUCGGGGAGGAGGGAGGGUCGUAGAAAUCGAAAGAACAGCUUUUUGCUUUUUCUAGAAAUUUCCCAGAUUAAUUAGAUUAUUAAUUCAAAAAGAGCGUUAGCUAUUUUUGAUAACCUUUUGAACCACCGGCCGCAGUGUCGAUUUCAGAAUUCUCGUACGAAGCGAGCGAAUCACGAAAACAUAUUAGUAUUUGUUUUGAUUUUGAAGUAGAAAGUGUUAUAUUUAUUUUAAUGCCAAGGUCACGAACAAAAGGUCCUUAUUUCGUCCGGCCAAUGUAAAUGACUAGUAUCGUGCAGAGUAUAGCAGAUGACCUUUUUAUUUUUAAGCGUACCUAUAUGUUAUAGUAAUUUAUUAAAUUCCUAACUUAUCGGAGAUAUAACGGGCGAAGGUCGGUAUAGUAAUAACGAUUUUAACCUAAUAAAAUGUAAUUUAUUAAUUACUAAAUACUGAAUAAUUAUACACGUAUUACUGGUAGGUCAUUUUAAUUUCGUCGAUAGCGUUAAACUAAUUAAGCUGUCGGGUGUUUCAAAAACCCCAUUAUAACGACCAAAACCAAGGACAUAUCUAUACGCGAUUAUUAUAUUGUAUAUAGAUUCAAACAGCCCGAAUAUUUUGAGAGAGCUUAAUAUUCCUACUGCAGUCCUUUUUCUCGGAGUUUAACGGUGUUUUUUAAAUUUUUUUUUUUAUGUUAUAAUAAUGGAUAUAAUAAUAUAUAUAUAUAUAAUAUAAGAAUCGGCGUCUUACGAAUCUUUCUUCACUUCCCUACCAUCCCCGUGCCUUUGAAGCUUCGGGCUUAAAACGACAUGUGGUCGCCAUAUUUAUAACACACACGUCCUCAUAUUAUUUUAAUAUAAUAUAUUAUAGUACGCGAAAUAGUAAACAUGGCUUGUUUUUUUACUUUAUUUUAAUCGUGCUCAAUUUGUCUAUUAUAAUCUUUUGAUUUAUAAUAAUAAUUAUAGAGUCGUUUUUUUUUUCACUGGGUGUUUGUUUAACGAGCGCAUUCCGAAAAAUAAAUGCAAUCUCCUCCCCCGUUCGAAGGACAGCUCUCUCAUCAUAAACAAUAAUAAUGAUAUUAUUAUUAUUAUUAUAAAUAUACACGUUUUGUUGAAAUUUUAAUCGCCCGCGGAUGUGAUGGAUGCGUAAGAAAGAGAGAGAGAGGGAAAAAAAAGAUUCCUAUUUUGCGUCUCGGUGUUACGGAAUAAUAAUAAUAAUAACAAUAAUAAAAAAAAAAAAAAACAAAAACCAUUAAACUAAUUAUUACCGAUACGCCUGACGAAAAAAAAAAAGAGAGCGAACAAACAAACAAAAAAAUAAUGGCCUCCACUUAAUUAUUUCGCGAGUAGUCGAGUUGUUAUGAACACGACGUUAAUUUUGACGGUAGUACCGAGUCGGGGGAAAAAAAUAUUUAAUAUUUAUUGUUUGGUAUGUACUUUUGUUAUAAUAUUAUUCUCGCUCGAAAAUUCGCGACACGGUCGAACCGUGCAGUUUCUUUUGUCAUGGUGUAUACAUAUAUAUAUAUUAUAGGUGCCUAACUACUGUUUACGCCUUUACUAACCACAUUUUCGGUAUAGUUUCGGUUCGAACCUUAAACUUUGCACGUUACGUCCGUCCCGAAGUCGUGUUCGCGUUACCCACGUUUCCUUCGGACCUAACCCGGCGUAGUAAUACGUCCCCGGUUAGGUUAGGUCAUAGACGAUAAAAGAACGGACGGGACUUUUUUAGGCGACCGUACAUUUGCGGCGCGGCGCGAUAGGAAAAUAGGAAAUUGAAACCGUUUGUUUACGCUAUUGUUGUGUAAUCACGGUGACACGUAACGCAGGUGCCCAUUUCGUCCGCUAAGCUCACACGCCCCAUUCAAUAUUCAAUUAUCUGUCCGCGGGUUAGGUCGGGUUAGGAACGGGCAGACGACGCUGACCGGGGCGUGUCUCGGCGCGGCUAAUUCGCCACCCGUAUGAUGGCGUGUGCCGUCGUAAAGUUUCGAUAUUCGUGCGGACAUCAAACGCGCCUAUAUCCGUAUUCGUUUGCCGAAAAACGCUUCCGGGUAAUGCUUAUGUGGUCGGCGCGUUUAGGGCGCCCGUACUGCUGCUGCUGCUGCCGCUGCCGCCGCCGCCGCCGCCGCCGCCCCCGCUAUUGUCGGCGGCGGGGCGGAAAAAACACCGAGACGGCGUUCACACAGCCGCGGCGGGCUAGCCGUCUGCACGGCGGUACCGCGGGGCCGACGACCUCGACGAAAAUACCCGAUUCGGCGCCCGCCCUCGGCGCGACGCAGUAUAAUAAUAAUAACAAUAAUAUAUCGGUACUUACCGGCUCGGGCGUAUGUUAUUCGGUCAUUAAGCGAGCAAUUAUAUUAUAUAGCGAAGGUAUACCGAGAGCAUGCAGCUAACCGUUUACUAAAAAUCGUUUACCCGGUGAUUUCGGGUCGGAAUUAUUGGUCACCGGUCGUUGUUUUGUUCGGAGUUGUAAACUCCUGAAUUUUUUACUCUUACUGAUUUCGGUACUCUCGAUAACAACGUUAACGUUAUUCGUAUGGUAUUUUAUAGCCAUAAUAGUUCUGGUAAUUAUUUGUGUGCAUAUCGUUAUGACGUGUGGUAUUAUGUCAACGGUAAUGCGCAACUUUACUCAACAAUCGUUGCUUAAAUUCGGUUGUUUGGCCACAGACACCGCAGAAUCGUGCGUGAAUGUGUAGUUUUGAUGUCCGUUUUUGUUUUACGGGAUUUGCUCUUGGCGUACCUCCGCGGAAAACUCGCCUGACACCGACGCCCCCGACGACGACAGUGCACUGAAUGAACACCGGCGCGGCCAAGACGCGUGCAGCGAGAUCUCGCGGAACACGCUUGCGCACACGCGUCCCCGGAGAGACGCGGCCUGCGGCGGCGGCGUUGGUUCCGCCGUUGGCAAAAAUCGCGCCGGCGGCGCGAAAAUUACGUAUCGCGCGUGCACCGGUGACAAUAAUAAUAUUAUUAUCGCGUCGAUUUAGCACUACCGCGCCGCGUAUAUUAUGUAUAAAACAUUAUACACGCGCGUAGAUGCCGACGUUACGCGCGAGUUCGUGUGCACACUCGGCGCAAAACCAAUUAUUGCCCGCCUAUAGGUGUACGCGUGCCCUCCCCACUUCGCGCCGGCAAAUACGGUUACGAGUGCCUAUACAUAAUAUUCGCGGUAAAAGCACGUUCCUCGUCGCCGCCGACGGUUUUGUCGAACGUACGCGUGCGGGGGAAUUCUCCGCGAUAUACGACACGUCGCAAUUUCGCAGCGCCCGCAUUAUCGCCGUGUACGCGGCGUAACGGGCCCUCCGACAUUGGGCCGGAGCUUUGAAAGGGAUCGUCGCGUCAAGUCCAAUCGCGAUAAUUUAAUAUCGCGUUGCCGCCGUUUGAAUUGAAUUAACUUACGGGCGGUUUAAAAACGGACACGCACGCGGUUAGGUUUUUAAACGGUGUUCCGGGCCCCUUCGUGGACCACGUUCUCUUUCCCCCUUCCGUUUUCUAAAAAAUUAAACGCAAAGUGUUACGGUGCUUGAAAGCUUUUCGGUUUUCGCGGCACCGGCAAAAAGUCUCCGGUGUAAUAUUAUGUGUGUGCAAAUAUAUAUAUAUAUAUAUGCAUGCAUAAUGUGAUGCUGGGCCGUAUCAUCGUCGUCGUAUGUAAAAAUAAUACUCGUUGUCACGCCGCGUUAUGCGCAUGUGUGUGUGAGUGUGUUCAGUAAUCCGCAGCCGCAUCGUUUUUCGCGUCUUUUCGGCAACGCGCGCGUCAUCGAUCGCCACCCGCCGCCAACGCCGAAUUCGCCGUCGUCGUGGUCGCCGCCGCCACCGCCGCGUCCGCUGCUACCGAGUAAUAUAAUCGUAGUCGCAAGAAAAUAAUAGACAUAACGCCAUUAUACAACAACAACAACAACAACAACAACAAUAGUAUUGUGCGCACCGCGCGCCCGUUUUCUUAUCGUCGUUUCGUACGCGACGCGAUAUUAAUACACGAUAAAUAAUUAAUAAUAACGUGACAAUAUCGAUACACGACUCGGACGCGGGUUUGUGACCGACUAUGCCCCGUUCUGUUCCGUCCGUACAUAGGUGUAUUUUAUUGUUAUUAUUAUUAUUAUUGUUAUUAUUAUUUACGCGCGAGAAAAAGCUAUAGGGCGCGUUAUAACGGCGAGCGGUUAGUGUGUAUAUUAUUAUAUCGUGUGUAAAGAGCAACGGUAACGGGCGGAGUGAGCAGUUUUGACCGUCAACCGGCCGGCGCGGGGUGGCGAGGGUGUUACGAGCGCCCGCGGCGGCAGCGCGUGCCGCGCGGGGGUCGAGUAUUGAUUGGGCGCCCCUUUCCUGCCGCCCCGCCGCCGUUCCAUCGCCGCCGUACGAGUGUUUGUCUGGGUACCCCGACGGCCCGCCCGCCCGAACGCGACCGUCCGCCCGUCGGCUUCGCCACCGUCGCCGCCGCUCCCCGACACGGAGCGUAUACACUAUACAUAUAUACACAUACAUACAUACAUAUAUAUAUAUAUAUAUAUAUAUAUGUAUGUAUGUAUAUAUAUAUAUAUAUACGUACGAGUAUAGGGAUUAAGCUGCACCUUUUAACCGCGCGCCGCCGCCGCCGCCGGCGUUCGCCGCGCCGAGUUUCGGGCGACUGCCGCAGCCGCCUCUCCUAGGUCGGGAUACCAGACGCUGCAGGAAAACCGGUCAUUCGGACGUUGGCUACGAAUUGAAAACUUAUGAAAAAAAAAAAAUAAUAAAAACCGAAAUAUCGGACGCAACAAUAAUACUAAGAACUUCGCGUAGAAAUCGGAAACAUUUUGAAAAAUGAAAAAUUCUCCCGGCGGCGAACUGCUCGAAUGUUUUUGAAAAGCGAAUAUUUCGGCGGAUCGACCGCCUCAGCCUAUUUAACGGAUAAAGAAAAUCUCACCUCGAAUAUUUUUGAAGAUUAUCUUUGUGCAGCUCGCGGCUUAUCCCCUUUCCGAAUCCGUGCGCUAAUUCCUCCCCUCACAAAACGUUGUACAGUGUCUCACCUAAAAAUUCAAAACUCGUGGUCUCAUUAUAAAUUGUUUUAGCUUUGGCCUCGUCUAACUGUGUGUGUAUUUAGUUUAGGCUGUAAACACUGGACAAUGAUAGUGAACCCAUAAUAUUGUUUAUUAUUAUUUUUGUUAUGACUUAAUAAUAAGAAUCGGAGUAUUAUAAAAUUAAAAUUAUUUUUGAUUUUUAUCAAUUAUGACAAUUAUGAAUUAGAGAAUCCCUUCCCGAAUCUUCCAAUAAUCUCAGAGAUAAUUGCUUCUCAAAAAGGCGUGUGUCACUCUACUCUCAUUCACUGUAAUUUGAACGCAACGGGACUUUAUAUGUUAUGGAAAUUUCCCGGUUUCGGACGAGAUCGGAGCCCAUCAUUUUUUUUUUUUUUUUAACAGUAUCAUUGUGGUGAAGAAACAUUUUUGUCUAUUGUUUUAUGUUUUUUUAUACACUAACCAUCGUCUGCUGGUGGUAGAUUAUAGUAUUUUGUAUACUUACCAUCCGGUAUUUGGUUAGUAUACUAUUAUAUUAUUAUCAUAUAUCUGGUAUAUAUUUUUUCCCGACACUAUAUUAUACUUAUUUUUAUUGAUUUUAUUCUAUUUGCGGUCGUUAUAUUUGAAAAAUAACCCAUUGACCGAUUCGAUCUAGUCCACGUAAUAAAGAAUUGGUUGUUUAAUAGAUAAAAUAAUGGCUUAUUUAUUUUUCGCGUGCACCUAUCCAAUAAUAAAUCGUUUUCGCGAUAUUUGACACAUUUAUCUAGAGAAAAAAAAAUGAUUUGUUUAUUACGAGUUAAAAAACCAUGUAUUUCGUCCGCGGUCAUCCAUGUGUGAUAAUACGCCAUUUUAUUAUUUUAUUCGAAUCAAUCGUUUCAGAUUGGAUGUUUUCUCUAUGUAUAUACUCAUUAUUCGUAUAUUGUAUACAAAAAUAUAUAUAAUAUACUACGACCAUUUUAGAUAUCGCUUAUCUCCGACAAACUAAUGACGUAUUCGGUAUAGCCACUAAAUGCCUUUUUAAUCCGAAUUCCCAUAUUACGUAUACACGUACUUACUCGAUUUCUGCACCUCUCAUCCUCCGUUAAUGGGUUUUAUUAUAUUUUAGGUAUGGUGCAUAUUUCCUUCUUCUCGGAAAAUACUUUUUGGGUUAGAAAAAAAGUUAUGAUUGUUUUCACGUCGUAUGUCGUAUUAAAAGAUGCUAUAGUUUUUCGCUAGACGGUGCUUUGUUUAUAAAUAAUCUAGAUUGUCCGUACAUCAGUUUUACUUUUGUUGAUGUCUGAAGAGUUACCUCGUGGCUAUACAAGGUAAAAAUAUAUUACGAAUACUAUACUACACCACUCCGAAUCGUUUUUUUAUGAAAACGAUUUCGCUAUGCUUUCUGAAAUAUAUCCAUGUACCUGCUACUAUCUGUGGUACAAGUACGGGUUAUUAUUUUCAUUUUUGACAACAUAAUCGUUUCCGUUCAUUACUGUAUCUCAUUAGUCAUUACUAUAUUACGUCAUCUGUACCCAAAUUCGUGCAUAUUAUAAGAACUCUAUGGAUGAGGAGAUAAAUGUGUUAUUUUUCAUUUCACCUUUGUUAACAUUCCAUAUGCGUGUAUGCAAGGAAAAACUUACGAGGGGGAGGGGGCAUGUCCUCCUCAGACUCUAAUAGAAGCCUACGUCUGUACCCGUUGUAUUAAACGUACUCAUAGACAUAUUUAUAAAAUGAGUUGCACCUCGGACAAUAUCCGAUAAGCAAAAACAGAUAUUAUAACGGGAGAAACAGAAAAUAUUUUUAUUUUUUUUUUUUUUUUUUUUUAUCCGCGAAAAACGUGACAAAUUUAUUUUUUUUUUUCCACGAUACUAUUUUGCUCGUCAAUUUUUAGCCGAUCAUUGUCAGCCAUGGGUGAGAAAGACGCAGUCCAUUUAGUUGAUACGUCCACGGGUGUAUACUUAUAUAUAAUAUGUGUAACUUUAUAAUAUGUUAUAUAUAUAUAUACAAUAUACAUAUAUAGGGAAGAGGGAUUGUUGAAAAAUUAACCUCGACGCGACCCCCGGCAAAGGCGAUGUGUGUCUAAAUUACACAUCUCCCGCGAACGUCAUAUAUAUACGACGCGUUACUUACUUACGCCCAUCACCCGUCCUAUAUAAUAUAUAACACUUCCGAUCAAUCUCGGCAUGGACCGAUCCGCCACGGUGGCGAUUAAUCGUCCGGAGAAGACGUGGAAAAACUUUGUCAAAACGUCGUCGUCGCCCGUGAUGUCGACCCGAAAACUAUAUAAUAUACACGUAUACGUUUCGAUCGUUCGUCCUAUACCGCCCACCGAAAGGAAAAAAAUCCCAUUGCCGAGUAUGUAAUAAAUCGCCAUUGCGGGUUUUGUCCCAAAAAAUUACAAGGCACCGUGCUCGUGUAAGAAAGUUCUACUAUCCCGGACACGUAUUACCAAACCCUCUAGUGGCCUGCACAUGCCGUGUCCAAAUACGCGUGCUCUCAUUGGCUAUAAUUUGAAUUGUGUUGUUAAAUUACGAUUUCUGAUUGACUGAUUUCUUAUGGAUGGCUCGUUGAAAUGUCGUGUUAACAUAAUUUAUAGUAUAGUAGUAAAAUUGUUUCAUUUUGGACAUUCGGUCACCUUCAUUCGCAAGUUCGUGUCGGCGUUUUAAUUCACAACCACUAGGAUUUCAUUACCUUUUGGUAGCUCUGACGGUUAAAGGUAUAUAUUUUAAAUAGCGAAUGUCUUUGAACCAGCCAAUAAGAGUACUGUAAUCGGACUCGGUUUAGCCGAUCCACGUACAUUUAAGGGCAAUCUGACCCAUAAACACUCUCGUCUUGUUUUUCCCUUGUCUGGGAUUAAUUUAUUACAUUUGCAUUAUAUCAAAAAAAUAAAUAUGUGUUUAAUACUUCAAAUCAUAUUAUGUAGGUAUUUAAGUUCGAUGGAUUAUUGUUUUAUCACGGUUUUGGCCUUACUAUUUAUGUUAUAUAGAUAAACAAAUAUUUUUGCAUCUUCCACCGUUCACCCCAACCGGAUAAACAGCGUUUUUGUUAUAAUAUAAUAAUGUUUAACACUGUUACAAACUUCUUGAGCUGAUAUAAACAAACCAGCGACCGUUAUCACUGGUAAAUACAAUUUUUAACCGAAUUUUAAAGUCAGUAUAUAUUUUGUACAUUUUUCCUUUAAUCGAAACGAGCGGAUUUGUCACUCGAAAAGUUUUUUCACGUGUAUACUUUAAAAUUAAAUUUUUUUUUAUCUCUUUGAAGGGAUACUGCAAAUAACACUGUACGUUGUGCAAUAUUAUCAUAACAGCUGCAAUAUCGCUUACGCUUGCCGGAUAUACAGAAAAUAAUAUUAAUAUUGAUGUUUGAACUUCACAUUUAUCAAACAUUUUUCGAUUGAAUCACGUGCAAUAAUCAGAAGGGACGCACUUUGCUAAAAUUUUGAAAUUUUUCCAGAAAUAAACAACCCUAUCUAGUUGUAUGUAUAAUAUUUCUACGAUUGUAUCACGUAGACAUUUUUGUGUUUUUAAUUUUUAUGUUAGAUUCUUAUGGAUACCAGUUAUCAGUAUAUAUUAUCAUAUGUGAUAAUGAUUACAAAAUAUAUCACGGUCACGUUAUAUUUUUUUUUUAUGAAGAUGGCUAUUGCAUAGAAUAAUAUACGCAAUGAUACUUAUCUAAGUAUCCUUUCUGUAGUUAUAUUAUGUAUUCAAGUUCAGUUAUACUAUGAAAACGAGAUUGUACUCUACAGAUUUACCGUUGUUCGAAUACAUAUCUAGAGCAAUAAUUUUGACCAAACUCUAUAAUAUUAUCGGUUAAUUUGUACUUGUAUAAAUAAAUCAAUUGAUUUUGUGGAUAAAUUGUAAUUUUCGAUAUCGCGUUGUUAUCUCGGUUGAGUAGUGGUUCUCCAGAGUCCUAUUUUAUUGUAGGUACGAGUGUAAAACUGUAAUAUUGUAGUAUCGUAUCUAUCUCGCGAUUAAACAUCAUUUAAAUCACGACCGUAUCGUGCCGUAAAACUAUACUAUAGAUCGAGGUCUGUAAUAUUAUAAUUACUAAUUAGGGAUUGAAUCGACGGUGGAUCUCGUAAUUAUAAUACUAAUAAUAAUGACUUGCGGAGAACGUCGAAAUUUAAUAUUGUCGAAUGCGUAUCCCCUGCGUAAAACAACACGUUUAAUAACGUUUUUUAUUAUUGCAAGUACAGUAUGUACCUCUAUUCUAUAUAAGUAUAGUAUAUCCGUGUGUUUCUCAUUAGACCUGAUGAAUCAAUCAGAUUAAAAAUCCAAUGUUCCUCGAAAAUUUUAAACAUUCAAUUGCCUCACAACGCAUCUGAAGGUUAAUGGACUAAAAAACAUGUCUUUGGGGCGAGGGGAUGGAAUCGAUAAGGUUUAUCAUCAACAAUUGGUCGUCCGGUAUUCGUCGAAAUAGAAAACUAAAAAUGAAAAAAAUUGUUUGAUUGAGGAACAUAAAUGUAUACCACCUAUUUGCUUCAUACUGCGUAAAAACUCGAAAUCGUUAAAUUUCAAAAUUGUAUACGGUUUCAAAUAAACAGCUGGUUUGUAUAUAAUAUUUAAGUACCAAACCGCAGCGAAGUACCUAUAUACCGACCCAUGUAAUUAUGCUGUUAAACUUUUUGUCGUUUACUACCGGUGAACUCUGCAGAUUAUGUGUAUCAACUUAUUUAAUAUAGGUACACUUACCUAUAUGAAAUUUCAUCAUUCACGUAAAAUUGUGUGUGUUUGCUAACUUUCCGCAGUCUAAGUAAUGGAAUAUUAACGUUUUAUAUAUAUAUACCUAAUAAUAUAUGAAUAUGAACACAAGCUUUGUUAAUGUUUUUAAAGUCGACUAUUAGGCUGGAAACAUACCAUUAGCAUCACCUGCAAACAAACUCGGGUAGUUUUUCAAAUAGCAUAUUCUGAAUACUGUAUUCCGAAUCCUUUAAAAAAAUAUCUCUAAAGAAUAAAAAAACACUUUGUUUCUCUCGUUUUGGAUUGCUAAUAGUUUUUCAAAACUUAUUUUACCUAUUAUCAUAAUGUUUUAUCUAAUUUCCUUAAGUAAUUCGAACUUGACUUGAAAAAUAACAAAACAAUUUUACUCCUAAAAAAUAUUCAAAAAACCUUUCGCAGGAUAUUGAUAAUAUUUUGAAAAUACUACUGUUGUGAAGUAUUCAAAUAUGUAAAUAUACAAUAUUCGGAAUACUAUUUUUAUUGUACUAUUGUAUAUAUUGUGUAUUCCAAAAUGUAUUCGCUGUGCUUUUAAAAAGUAUUUUACCCAUUAGCCGUCAAAUUAUUAAUUUACCUACGUAACCUACGUACAUAACAUGGACACUCGAACUUGAAAUGAAAUUAGUUUUACGAUUGUAGACAAAUAAUUCCACUCUCGACACGUCUGUAUGUAUAGUGUAUACAGUGCAUUGUAUUCGCUGUGUGUAUUAUUGUGUAUACGCGUUUGUAUAAUAAUAUAUAUGGUCCUAUUAUAUCCCGGAACAAACCAUCGCACAAUAAUUCUCCAAACUGUCUAUAUAAACAUGAAUAUUAUUAAAUUGACUUCUGUCAAACGCGAAAUAAUAUAUUUGAAUGUAUAUAUACACAUAAUAUACAUUAUAAUAGGUGUAAUGCAAAUUAUAGUGGGUAAUACAUACAUAUAGAUUUAUAUAGGUACAACUAUAGAGAUCCAAUACAAUCAGAGAGACGUCUUCAACUACGGAACCGUUUUCUAUUGGCUACUUGUCAUGAGUGUCACCGUUUAUUGCGAUUUUUUUUUACGCUCUACCGUAUAAAUGUCAGCUGUGUUCCACUAGGGCUAAUAUCACUAGUGGAACUUAACUAUUAAUUCACUUAACCGCCAAUCCUUUAUAUACAAGGUUAUAAACUAAUUAUCGAAUUAGCGCUAAUAAGAUCGGUUGUACAGUAUCCACUCUCUUGUUAAAUGGGUUCUCUAGGUAAGUUAAUGCACAAUCCAGCUGGCCACGAUAUCGAUGAGAGAAAACACUGAUAAUGUCCAAGAAACCGAAAUUCACGGCGUGUAUCCCUUAAAAAUGCUUUUGUCCUAUCCGGUGUGGUUUCUUCAUACAUAUAGACAUUUAAAUUAUAACGGACUAUACAUUUGCAUACCGAUCCUUUUGUCUGUCAAAAAAUUAAACUGAAAAAUAAUAUAUUAUAGACGGAUGGAAUGAGAUGCUUUUCGUGGAUUUGAAAACUACCAAAAUACUGUUUUCUCCGUGUUAUAGGUUAUGUCAAGUAAAUAUAUUAUUUUGUUAUUACGACUUAUAAUCAUCUCGGGUAUUUAUUAUUUUUGAAGUUUAUGAUAUUUUCCAUACUCUGUUUUCACAAUCCCGUAAACAAAUUUGGACACAUUUGAACAUACCUAUACGAUCCAACAAAAUUUCAAACGCUAAACUAAUAUUAUCGUUCGGUUAUAAACUUGACUAAAGUAAUCGUGUCAACAAGAUUACAUUAUGCAUCUAAGCUGACGUCGCAUGGAGUAAAUCAUAGUAUUAUGGAGUUAUUCCAUGGAAAAAUAAACUAUGACUGUAGUAUUUGUAUCCUUACUAUUAAUGUCAAAAAAUCGAAAAUGUCGUCACUCGGAGUAAAUGUGUAAUAACGUUGAGUUUCGAUUACUUUACUAACAUGUUUGUUGGGUUGCCAGAAGGCUUGCAAAAACCUCGGAUGAGUGGUCGUAAAAACCAACACGGUAUUAAAAAUUACGAAAAAGUCUUUCUUUGUGUUAUAUUAAUAUAAAUGUAUAAACAUUUAAUCCCGUAAUCCCUUUAGCAGCAGUCGAGUCCGUCAUCUUCUCCACUCACAUAAAUGGCUUUGUUUGCUCUGGAGUGUGCGAUUUAAAGUUAUACUCGUAAAACUUCUCGUGUUUCGAGGUUUUUCUUCUCAAAGUAGCGUUGUCGCGCGUUCCCUUUGCAAUAAUACACUGUAUAUUACAUUACACGACUUGCAAUUAACUAGUUAAUUAAUUUGUAUUUUUUUUUUUUUUUUUAAUUCACAGAUUCAAAUAAACGUUUAAACGAGAGUUUACUAUAAGAUUCAAAGCUGGCUAUCGCUACUUCCAAACUGUAUUCCCAGGCUCCUUUACGAGUAUCCACAAGGUAAGGAAUCACGCCGCCGAGUACUUUGGUGUUUGAAAACAGUGUAAAACCGACAGUACUCGUCGUUUAUAAUUAUUGUUAUUAUUAUUAUUAUUAUUACUAUUAUUAUUCCAUAAUGAAAAACGUUCACUUAAUACAAAUAAUAUCUAUAAGUGUUAACAAUAACUAACAGAAAUCGAAACAUAUUAUAUCUAUGUAUAAAUAUAUACCGUAUAUGUGGUUCUGUUAGGCUAUAUACUUAUGAACGUCCUUGACCGAACCGUGUUCAAAGUUGAACGCAAAUUAUUAUAAUGACUACUACGGAUUUAACGUAUUCGCGUCGUUGAUGUGGUUGGAUAGAAUUUUCCGACCUCAGAAGCCCGAAGGAGGACGGGAAUACUAUUCCUCCUACUACUACUUACUACCUGCAUAUGAACACACCCGACAUACGCGCCUGUUCGGCCGUUUUCGUACCUGUUCAUGACAGACCCUCUAUUUUUCAGCGUUAAGUAAGUUAUGGGUACAGUGAUGUCAUCGGGAGUUAAUCGUUGUAAAAAAAAACAAAAAAAAAUCAAAAACAAAAAAAAAACACAUUAGGACUGUGAAUUUAAUGCACUAUAAACAACACUUUAACUCCUCCUCUCCAUCAGGAAGCUAUUAUGAACAAAUUCAGGUAUUAAUAAUUUGAUAUUGAAAGUAACAAAAAAAAAAAAAAAAAUAUGCAUUUUCUAUAAAUUCACAGUCCUAAUAAUGAUAAGACGUAAAAAAAACUCCGUAGAUGCGUAGACGUAUGUGUAGAAGUUUGUGGUUGAUAAUAUAAUAAUAAUAUAGUGCAGUCCGUUUCAGUAACAAUUUUUUAUUUGAAUAUUGUUUUAUAUAUAUAUAUUAUAUAUAAAUAUAAAUGUUUGAUUUAUAUUUUUGUUUUGUUGUAUACUUCUAUAAUAUUAAAAAAAAAAACUUUACAAAAAUGGCUUGAUCGAAGUUGAUUUACAAAUACAUAUAUAUAUCAUUGUAUAUAUUUUUGCAGUACAUAUUAUUAUUAUAUAAAUACUAGAAUCGUAAAAAAAAAAAAAAAAAAAAAAAAAAUUUAAAUACCAUAUAAUUGUAUUAAAAACAGAGUAAGAUACCCGAAAAGAAGGAGGAAAAAUACCUAAAUAAUUAAAAAUGUCUAUAAAAGUUUCAAAACUGAGUUCGUCUUUAUGCCGUAUAACUCAAUGUCUUACAAUGAGCUGAUAAAAAAAAAAAAAAAAAAAAAAAUAUAAUAAUAAUAAUAAACACUAAUCCACUAAUGCAGCGAUCAAACAGCUGAAAUGUGCACAUGGCUUUCGAAAAUAAUAACUAUAAGUAAUAUAAUAAUUAUAUCGAUUGAUGUGGACGCUAUAUAAUUUCUUCUUGUAUUAACAUCACACGUAUAUUGAAUUGUGUGUAUAUACAUAUAUAAAUAUGUAUUAUUUAUGUAUUACUCUAUAAUAGAUUAUAUAUAUAUAUAUUUGUUCUUUUCUGCUCUUAUUAGACUAUAAUUCGUAUUAUUUUUAUUAUCUUCACCCUUUAUUUUUUAUGGACGUGUUUGAACAUAUAUUAUAGGUAUAUAGUUUUUUUUUUUUUUUUUUUUUUUCAAUUUAUGAAUGCGCAUUAUCGACGUCUGUUACGAUCGGAUUAAAACCGCGUCCCGGAGAUGUACCCUUAAGUAUAUGCCGCACUUCAAAAUAUCCGACGUACCGCCGUUAGAAACAACUCGUAUUAAAAAUAUCCUUUGUACAAAAUAUCGCCAUUAGAAAUAUCAUAGCUGUAUGAGUUACACGCCUAAAUUAUUGUUUUUGUGAUUUCAUUACACAAUUGUAUAAUGGCGGUUCACAUAUAGAACGCGGUAUAAUGAUAGGAAACACAUAAGACACAUCUGUCCACCUACAGAAUUUCAUCAGAAUCUUCGGAAAAAUAGGAGUUAUAAGUCUGCGAUGUGGGGAUCGACUGACAUAACGAGAGUAUUCCGUUUUCGCCUCGGAAUUAUGAAAAACGGGGAUUAUUUGUACAAGGGGUAUUUUUAGUGGAUAUAUUUUAAAACGCGGGUUAUUCGGAUUAAAUAUAAUUCGUUUCCGGUGGUUUUUAUAGAUAUUAUAGAUACCUAUAAUAGAUAUAUCAAAACAUUAAAAACUCCAUGUUUCGGCGGAUUUUUUUUCUACUAAAUUAUAUUUUCUAAGGCGCGUUUUUUUUUUUUUUUUUUUUGUUUAUCAUUUAUCACCGUCGUUGUUAUAUAUAGAAAAACCGAAUAUUCGUGUCGAAUAUUCCAAAAUAUUUCCGCAGCAGCAUAAUAUACAAUAUAAUAUUUUAAGCUGUUUUUGAUUAAUUUACGUCAUCGCGAUUUUUUGAAAACUGCCCGGUAACCCCGCAACACCGCGUCAUCGUCGUCGUCGUCGUCGCAUUAUAUAGUGCAAGUAGUUUAAAGAGUCGUUUUCGCCUAAUGCAUUAUUCAAAGAACUUUAUAUAUAAGCGCGAACGUCGACGAUGUAUAUUCUUCAGCCUUUUGGAGAAAGCAAUUUUUCUCUGUACAUAUUUAAUGCGUGUAUCGUAAUAAUAAUAAUAAUAAUAAUAAUAAUAAAAGGUCACUCCGCUAAAAGCUAUAUGUAUAGGUUUUCGUUUCGUGCAGCGCGCGGGACAAAAGAGAGACCACUUGAAAUCGAGCCUCUGCUUUCGUAUUAUAUACGUACGUAGUCAUUAAAAAAAAAAAAAAAAAAAAAGAAAAGAAAAGAUGCGAAAAAUUCCCAAUAAUAAAUAUUAUAUUAUAUAUAAGCCCAUCUAUAGAAAAAAAAAUACCAUCACUCCCCUUUUCGCGUUAAGUGCAUAUGAUACGACUAUAUAUCUACCUACCUACCUAUCACUAUACGCCGCUAUUAAUUAUUUAUCGGUCUAGUUUAGGUAGGCAUACAUAUUUUUUAUACACUUCUCAAAAAAAAAAAAAAAAUACAAUCUCUCUUGUAAUUUAUUUUUCACUCUGUUUGAUCAGCACGUUUUCCCAUGAAUGCGUGAGAUGUACAGGGUUUUCGCUGAUACGGCAUCGUGGGCUCGACGAACGAGUAGUAGGUAAAUUAAUGUUUGUCUCGACCGAACCGUAAGUACGAGCGGGUGUGCAUAGUGUGCGUCCCGGCCGGGAAUCUCAAGAUAAAAAUUCAAAGAAAAAAAAUACCCUCGGCCAAUGUAUUUUUUAUUAAAUACGUAAAAAUAGACUGCGAGCUUGAACAUUUCAAGCACUUUCGCAAAAACGAUUCCUUGUGCAACCUUUAUAAACUCUAAACCUCUUUCCCCCAAUAUUGUUUGAAAAAUGACACUGCCGCUUUACCGUUUUAGGCGGAGAUAUGUUUGCGUUAAAACACGGCAAUAGGUUUUAACAAGUGCAUUUUAUUUAUCAAUCGUUAAGGAAUCGUUUAAGCUUUAUUUUAACACUGUUCAAUUUAUUACCCCUAUACCUACUCGUUAUACCUAAAAGAUGUAUACAUUUUUAAUUUAAAAUUCCAAUCAACCCUCCUUCUCAUUUUAAAUACUGAUUCAAAUAGAGAAUAUUUUUCUAAACAUUUGAUAUGCACAAUACUAAUAUUGGAUUUACUGUUUAUCCGUAUUUAUCAAUAAUUUAUUGUACCAAUAAUCUGAUUUUUUUUGGUGGGAAGCUUAAAUUUCGGAGGCAAGACUCUACGGACCCGAACAUACCUGGUUCGUUUAAAGUAAAUUGAGUUGGGACAAUGGGUUAAACUUUCAUUUUAAAUUUUAAAUCGAUUAAUUUAUUGAGAAAAUUAAGUCGGCGCAAUGACUCCGUCAACUUGUUUAAAGUUUUCUUAAUAAAUUACGUAUUCGAUUUAAAUUGAAUGUUUAACUCGUUGCCUUUCAGUCAAUUUUGGUUUUAUUGUCACGGGUUCCGUACGAUUGUCCAUGCAAUCGCGCAAUUUUUAAGUUCGCGUUGCGUUGGAUUUGGCAAUUGAUCACGAAUAAUUUUGUCAGAGUGUAUUACAAUGGGUAAAUAAAGAUCUUCGAAAACCUCGGCUCCGAACUCUGCGGAGUGUGCACGCGGCCACGGGAUUUCGGAUAAUUGUCGCUUUUUAGGUUCGCCGAAGUUUCGAAUUAUCGCGGGAAUCGAUUUUCCGCGCGGCAAUAAAUAACGCGGAUAACCGGGGUAACGUGUAUCGUCGUCCUUAUCACCAACCGUAUAUAUAUAUAUAUAUCUGUGUGUGUAUACGGUUACGAGACCCGCGCGGCAAAGGCCUCGAGAUUUAUGCGGGUCGGAGCAGAUUCCUACAGUUCCGGCCGCCGCCGACGCCGUUGCCGCCGCCGCCGCCGCACCGGCGGCCGACAAGCGAUUUUAUUGCAGAACCGGUUGUGUAAUUAUGGUUACUGUGCCCGCAUAAUUAUUAUUAUUAUUAUUAUUAUUACAUAUUAUAAUGCGUUCCUCGCGGACUUUGGCCGUUAAUCAAUUCGCGACGUUGACCCGCGGAGUCCCCGGCGCUGUCGCCGGCAGAUUUAUUACGCCUAUCGCGCCGCGCGCGAAAACACGUUUCGCGGCUCGGCGCGGUCCGGGGCCCGGGCGUUGUAUUAUUGUUUCGAUGGCAUCGAGCGAGUAACACGCGCGGUAAUUAUAAUAUUUACGCGGGCAUGGUAAUAAUAAUAAUAAUAAUAAUACGCUCGUGUGCGCGCAGCGUUUGUGUACGUACCGAUACGCGGCGACUUUUCCCCGGGGUCCUUUUUGCGUUUAAUAUAUGUGUGACGAUAACGCGCGCCAGUCCUCUUCUGAUCUGCCCCUGCUCGCGUCCGUAUUACACACUACGUAAUAUCGUAUAAUGGCCUUUUUAAAUUAACCUUAUACAAACUGCCGGCCUGAAAAGAACGGGCAAAAAAAAAAAAAAAAAAACGUUUAACUUUUAUAUAUGAUAGUCGUUUCUGGCGGCGUCCUCGCCCACGGAUACGCGCUAUCGUAUACAAAAAUAUAAACGUCACUGUGAUCCGUCGCAAAGGGUAAAUAUGUUGUCCUAAAAAACCUACUCAUUUAUUAUGGGGGGGAAAAAAAUAAAAGGCAUAUACGACCGGUGGAUGUGCCACUAGGAGAAAAGUUGGAUAGGGAAAAAUAUAUUAUAGACUAAUAAGCGAGAUAUCAGGAUUAUUAAAUUUUGAUAUUUCAUAGAAACAGCACGAAUUUGCCAAACGGCCAUCCCUGCCAAACGGAAAUUUGCUAUGUGUCGUACGUUUGUAAGACGCAGACAGCACACGCGGGUAUCACGUCCUCUUGACAGACGGACGGUGGAAAAAAAAAACAGUACGCAUUCCUCGAUUCGAUCAGAUAAUCUAAAAAUCCGUACAUCAAAGCGCAAUAGAACCAAUAAACAUUCCUCGAUUGCUUAUUCGUUCGGAAUCGAAAAACAAAACCCCCCGUUCGCACUUUCGCUUAUCGCGGUUUUUUUUUUUUUUUUAAUAGCCGUUUAAUAAUAUCGCCGAGCUUUUUAAUGUUAUUUCGUUUUCACAAUUUUUUUUUUCUUCCGCCAUUGCCAGGCGGUUUUACCGUAAAUAACCACGCGCUGAGAGAUGUAUAUAUAGAGCAGAGAGAGUGAGAGAGAGAGAAAGUUCUGGUACAAAACGACUAUAAUAUAUUAUCAUUAUCACCAUUGUUAUUAUUAUUAUUGUACGCCGAACGGUAUAGUCGUGCCAAACACAUGCGGAAAAAAAACGCGAAACCUCCCCGUGUCCGCCCCGUUUUAAAGACGGGCCGCGCGCUAAAUCAAACGGUUAGGUAUACGCGCGCGGUUUCCCGUGCGUAUUUAUGACGGCGCUUGCGAUGACUAUAAUAAUACGCUCGGGGGGAGGGAGGAGGGGGGUCACGCAUUUGUUUCGGACAGGAAAUAACGCGCGCACUACGUACACGCACGCACGCACAAACACACACGCCGCACAUAAUGGGGUCCGCGAUUUAUUGUCUCCUUUUUCCCUUAUUUCGGCGGGCGGCGGACACGACGGAAUAUAGUAUUAUAAUAUCAUGUACAAUAUAAUAUACGUAUACGCAAUAUAAUAAUACAUUAUAUUAUGUACCUAUAUAACGACUAUAUAUAUAUAUGUGUGUGUGUGUGUGUGUGUGUAUAGUCCUCCCCUAUCGCCGGCCCCUCCCCGUCUGCACCCUUACCGCGGUAGUUAAAUUCGGUACCGCAAAACGUCAUGGUACUCGCGCAAUAUAAUAUACGCGCGUACGCAAUUAUAUAGACACGGACGCAAAUGUAAAUCGUGUCGGAGCAGAGUUUGCGUUUUGGUCGCGACGUAUACACUGCAUACUAGGUAUAUACUGCGAAAGUAUAAUAAUAUCCGACUGCAUAUUAUUAUUAUUAUUAUUAUUAUUAUUAUUAUUAUUAUUAUUAUUAUUAUUAUUAUACAGGCACGCCUGCCUGACCUAUAAGUCAAUUUUCGUUUUAUAGUACGUAUAUAAAAAAAAAAAAAAAAAACAAAUUUUAUAAUCAAGGUUUUCGCCCUUCGCCGAUAUCGGUNAAAGUAUAAUAAUAUCCGACUGCAUAUUAUUAUUAUUAUUAUUAUUAUUAUUAUUAUACAAGCACGCCUGCCUGACCUAUAAGUCAAUUUUCGUUUUAUAGUACGUAUAUAAAAAAAAAAAAAAAAAACAAUAAGUACGCGAAUAAAAACCAUAUAAUAACAUUUGAGUAUAUAACUGGAAUCGUUUGAGUGAAAAUAAAAAAAAAAAAACAAAUUUUAUAAUCAAGGUUUUCGCCCUUCGCCGAUAUCGGUUUUGUCGAUCGUCGUUCCACGUAAUAUAUUAUAUUUGUUUUAAUAGAACGACAUAAUUCGUUUACCCCAAAGAUAUCAUGUCGAGAAUAUCGUUUAUUACACACUUCCGCGUUACCGUCAUAGAUAGGUUUCGUAUAUACCGCCUAUCCACGUCCAUUGACGAUUUGAAUAUUAUGUUCCGAUUGUUAUUCGGUUUAUGCGUCGAAAAUGUAGACACGCUGUUUACAAAAUACUACACCGAACCCGAUACGUAUAAUAUCAUUAUCAAACUUAUGUAAUAGUAUGUAAUUGAAUAGCUCAAACACAAGAUAGUGCCCCGCCAAGUCGGGCACGUGCAGGUUUCGAAAUCGAUAAGAGUUUACAAUAUAACGCCCGAGUCGAAAACUUGCCCGGGACUUGCGGCUCUAAUGCAUAUUCUGUAAGCGCGCCAAAAUAAUAAUCAUCCGUUUUGGUAUUAACGCCGUGCCGAUAAAGUUUCGCCUCGAAAGACAACAAAAAAAAAAAAAAAAGAAAAAAGAAAAAAAACACCCAAACGUUAUUAUCGCGUAGCUGCAGUAUUGUAUACCGAACAGAGACAAACGCGGAAAUCACGUCCGACUACUGUACAUUUUCGUAAUGUUCGGCGCGUGUUACUGAACAUUACGGACAUUUAACGUUUUCGUAGAGAUUACGCCAAAUCCAGCAUGGGGAUACACGUAUAGCCGCAACGUUUUGGAUUUUACGUUAUUCACUAUACAUUCGCACCUAUAUUUUCCAUAAAUACAUUUCGACUGUAAAUAAUCAAACCUCUGCACCGUGCCAUUAUUUCUAAAUGUUCUUAUUGUUCAGUACUCGUAUGCAUUUAAUUUAUUUUGUCGUCCGUUUUCAGUCGAUUUCCCUAGCCCGAACCCUGUGACCGAUUAAGUUAAACGGUAUCGACGACACGCAAUCUAUACAACGCUAAAUGAUCGAACACUGAACUAGUGUGCCCGCUCCUUACAAUUCAGACGCGCUAUCGCGAUUAUAUGUUAUUACAGCUGAGCGGAGGCGGUUUAAUUUUUCCUCCGAGACAAAGACCCCCGGCACCCCGCGGCCGGGGGUUUAUAUCCUCGGUCGGCCCAUUAUACCUGCGGCCAUACACAAUAUUAUAAUAAAUCGAAAACUGAUUACUAUACGCUAUUAUAUAUGUAUACGCGGACGAUAAUAAUUCCGUGUUCAAUCUCUGCCCGAGAUCGGAAUUACGGCGGUUACUCGUGCCAAUAAUAUACACCCCGCAGGUCGGAAGUACCCCCCAUAUAUGCGUGCUCUCAGGCCGUAUUGUACCGUAUUAACAUAUUUACGUACGCGCAAUAUUAGUAACGUUUCUAAAGAACGAACACCCGAGCGGUGCAACGUGUACGUCCGUUACAUCGUUCAUUGUAUUGUAUAUAUGUACACUGCGGGCUCUCGAAAUCUCCGCACCGAUCGGCGGCGGCGUUCGUGGUGUGCCCUGUAUACGACACGUUCGUAUCGCGUUACACGGACAGCAGGGUGACAGGGCGACGCAGGAACCGCCGUGUAAUCUCUGGGCGGUUUUUCACCGCCGUCCCCGAGACGCGGGAGUAAUGAUGCAUACCGCGCUGCGGUUGCACGUUUCAUAACGCGGUAUUAUACGUCUUUUAGCGUAGAUUACGUUAUUAUUUUACCGACGGCAAAACGACUGGCGGGCGGCGAGAGGGAGCGAGGUAGAUAGGUUCGGUUGGGCGAAAAGGGCCGGGUCUCGGGAGCCGCGGCGGAACGGGGUCCGAAAACGUUCUCCGAUCCGAUGCCAACCCGUUGUUUUUCCGUAUAAUCCGACGCCGCGUAAUAUUUCACGGCCGUUCCGUAUAAUCGUUCCGGAAUUUAAUACGGAAACCGGAGCCAAAAAAUACAUAGGCUCCGGUAGUGUAUUAUUAUUUUUAUUAUUAUUAUUAUUAUUAUUAUUACUACCAUCGCGAGUCUGUGCGGUGCACACGGCCGCGCCGCACGCAUUAUACACCGUAUAUUUAUAUGCGGCCGGCAGCAUACGCAUACCUGCAUUGCACCAAAACGUUUCUCCGCACCACCGUCGCAAUGUGUAUGCGUUCGUAUUCUGCCGCCGCGGCAGCUACACGCCGGCCGGCGUUUUACAUCGCUCGCGGAAGCCGUAUAUUCCUCCGGCCCCACGUCCGUAUAAUAAUAUAUUUAACGGAGCGUUUUUUUUUUUUUCCUUUUUUUACUCUAUAUUUUUUUUUUUUUUGUACGAUUUCCUCCGCCCUUCCCGCUACGUUUCGGAAGCCCUCCCGCGGCCAAACGCGCCCGCCGCCGUCGUCUCCUCGUCGUCCGUAACGGUACCCGUACGGGUUUCCGGUCCGCGCGACCGUGUACCGCGCCGAUGCGCAGAUAAUCCGCUUUGCCGAUACGUUGCACGGAUUAUAUCGACGAAGACGACGGCGACGACGACGGUACCAUAACAUAUAUUUAUCGCGCACGAGAUAGUCGCACGCGCGGUACUACGAUAUCGGAUAUAUAAUAUGCGUGUGUGUGUGUGUGUGUGUGUGUGUGUGUGUAUGUGGCACCCUGUACAUCCGGACCGGAUGGAACGUUGUCGGCGGCGGUGACCGGCGGGUGGGGGGGAACGGUGUGUAGUGCGCGGGGGGGNGGGGGGGGGGGGGGUGACGUAUGGAACCGCAAACUCGUUGCACGGUCUCCGGGGAUAAGGAUUCCGCGCGGGAGUUGUCGCGCGCGUGUUGCGUCAUUUCCGCCGUAAAUAAAAACGCAGUCGAGCCAAAUCCCUGCAGGUAUACACGACUACAAUAUUUACACGAGGCUGCACCGGUGCCGCCGCCGUCAGGAAUUUCGAGUUUGACUGGCCGGGGAUGUAACAUUUAAUAUAUAUUUUAUGCACUUCGUUUUUUUUUUUCCCCCGUACGCGUGUUCAUACCCGGGCAAUUGUAUUAACUGACCCGAGGUAGAGUAGUUAAUUUUUCAAAUGUAUAAUGUAAUUAUAUCGGACAACCGCAAUUGGUUCAAUAGUUCAGAAUUUUCUGGAAACCGAUAUUCGACUGAAUCCAAAGUGAGAAUAUCGUUUGGAUGUUGUUCGGCCAAAAUGUAUUGUUGAAUAUCGGCUAUAGGCGCAAACGAAAAUUUAAAAUGUCAAUUUAACUAAUGGCCCGUUUCUCGCCAUAUUUAUAUUUCCAACGCAACGUAAUAAAAUCGUUUGAUUUUUUUUUUUUUUUUUUUUUUUUUAAAACGCCUCUCCAUUAAAUUACGCGGUAGCGCUUAAAUAUAAUAUACAAAAUAUGCAGAUCUGGGAUGAUUUCGAUGAUAAUUUUAACGGAAGUGGGGUUUUUUUUUUGUGUUUUAUGUUUUGUUUCGGAUGAUAUAUUAAAUACUAUAUUAUAACUGCAUCUAUAUUAUCGUCAAACCGAAGUUUUUUUUUUUUUUUUUACGAUCCCGCGCACGUUAAUAAUUUACCAUUCAUAUAACGCUCGCAUUACGACUCUGCCGAACGGAAAAAAUACCCAUAAUAUUAUGCUGUGUGUAGGUAAAAUACAUUUUGAAUAACUGCAGAGCGCGGAACCGUUGACAGUAAGCUCGGCGUGUGACUGAAUUUAUGAGGGUCGAACUAUGGUUAAUGGUAUAUACCUACAUAUCGUCACUAUACAUUUGCCUACCCCUUAACGGCCUCCCCCGUCGUAUAUUUUAUGACCAUAUUGACAAACAAACUAUACGUAGAUAUUAUAUAUUACGGACAAACUCUCUUAAACUAAAUCAAUUAUGAUAAAUAUCUAGGUUGGUACUUACAUUAUUUUAUCCAAACGACUCGCCUGUAAAUAUAAGAUAUACAGAAAAAAUGUAGAUUCCAAGCACAAUGGUUUUACUAGGCAUGAUUUUUUUUUAUUUUUUAUGUCCAUGGACAACUUUUCUAUACCAAAAUUGUUAGUCUUAUCAAAAAAAUAUAAGAGAGCCUUAUUGUAGUAUUUUAGAUUCACUCGGCACAUUGAUAAGCACUUUUCUUAAUAUUUGGGAAAAACGGAAAAUUUACAGAAAAAAUGAUUUCAUUAUUUUCGUUUUGUUUUUUAGUUCAGUGAAAAUAAUCGUACAGAUUUUUAUGUAAUACUUAUAUUAUCUUUUUAAAGAUGUGGUCAAAUUUUCGAGUACUUAUUUUAAUUUAAUUUUUUGUUUUAAAUUCUUUAGUUCAACUAUGAAUAUAUAGUUUUUACUAUGAUGUAUGCGAUUUUUUUAUAAUUAUUUGUAUAUUUCUCUAUGCUGUACUUGUUCAGCAACAAAAUAAUUGAAUCUAUUGUUUUAAGUGCCUAAAAAUUUCAAAUUUAACAAUCAUAGAUGUACCAUAAUUUUUGUAAUUAUAUAAGCAAAGCUGUGCAAUGAGCAUGGUUAAAAAGUUGAAAUUUUUAAUUAAUUUGUUUAACAAUAACUUGAUAAAUUACAAGUUGAUUUUAACAUAGCAUAUAAUUUACAAUCAAAACAUUAUUUGAAUUAGUACUAUCGUAUAACUGGUUAUUUUUUUUUCGCCGUACUCAUUAAAUAUAUGUCGAAUUUAAAAUAAGUAUACCUUAUAUUUGAUAGUCCUAGAAUAAACCAGAAUAAAAUUUUAAAAACCAAAAGAAAUUAACUUUCCACUUCAUUUAAGUAAUAUUUUUUAUUAAUCAUAUAAAAUUAGCAUCACUCUCGACUAUUAUUAUGAAAUCAAUCGAUGGUUUCUUAUUUAAAUAUUUAAGUUAGUUAAUUAUAAUUUAUAAUGUAAUUUAUUCAAAAACGGUACAAACAUUAAAAUUAUAUUUUUAAUUUUGAAAUUAUGUAUAAAUCGAUGGGAAAUUAACUGCUUUGGAUCGUUAGAAUGUUUCAAAUUAGAUUCUUUAAAACAAUAUUUUACCUGUUAUUUUGUUUUCUAUUUCAUUAUAGUCGUGCGUGUAUUUUAUCAUCAUAUAAUGUUAUAAUUUUAAAAAUCCAUCAAAUAUAAUAUAAUAAAUAAAUUAUAUAUAAUAUACUUCAUCGCGUUUAUUUGACAGAAACCACUUGGGUUUAUUGUCAAAUAGCUUAUAUUGUUAUUAUGAUAAUAAUAUAAUAAUAUGAUUUACUACACGCGCGAGUAAUACAGAAUUCGAAAUACUUGUGCGUUUUAUGUGUUAAAUAAUAUACGAAGUUGACAUAUAAAUUACAAAAAUAAAAUAAAAGAUUCCGCUAAUAAUAAUAAAAAACAAAAUACCAACGGUUUUUGUUAUUUAAUAUUCGUUAGAUAAAUACGAUUGUCGGGCAAUUUGUUGGCGUAUAAUAAUCGUGAAAAUCAGUAUUAAAAAAAAAAAAAUUUAAAUAUUUCCGUUUUGAGUACUCAAACAAUAUAAAAUAAACCUUCAUUCGGAAUUGUCUCACACUGCAGCGGCUAUAAUGUAAUAUAAAGAAUGAAUUUAAAUUUUUAAGUGUUAUAUUAUGUAAUGGAUUUUCCAGUCGACUUACGUUAAAUUAAGUUUUUCAGGAGCCUUAAUUUCGUUUCCUGCAGCGGCGUUCUAACAUUUCUUCGUCAACAAGAAUAAUUAUAUUAUAAUAUUUGCAUGCGAUAUUAUUUACUCUGCGUAAAUUUUCCUAUACAUAUAUAUAUGAAGUGUAAUCAAAAAACGCCGGGUCUGUUUGAAUUACGUGCCAACGAUAUAUAUGUAAUGCUGGAAAAAAUGGUUAAAAAAUUUCGAAUUUUUCAAACGCUUAAAACAGACGAUAAAGAAUUUUAAUUUUGUUAAUCAGUGUUCAAUAAUAUUUUUCAAAAAGUCUUCAUAUUUAAAACUAAAACAAAUUCUACUAGGCGUGAAAGUUUUUCCAGCGAGGUAUGGUUUUGUAUAACGUAUACGGUAAUUCUGUCAACCCGCGGCGUAGCCCGGUGGGGUUUUGAGCGUUAUAACAUAAAAUAAUUUACCUUUUUAUUUGUUCGAUAUUUUAAUUUUCAAGCGAGAUAUAAGCAUUAUUAGUUUUGGAUAAUCCUCAUACGCGUGUUUUUAUUAAAUGUACGUUUGUUAAACAACACGUGCAGGUAUCACGUCCCCUUAAGUAUUUAAUUUGUUCGAUGAUUUUCGUCGGGGGUCUAAAAAAAUGUGUGCUUAUAACUCAAAAUAAUUUCUCGUAUAAUAUUAUACGUGUUUUCGACGAAACCUAUAGGAAAUCGUCUGAUGCGUUCUUGUUUUAUUAUCAUUCGUUCCGUCUUUCAACGGCCAUACAGUAUCAAAAUAAUAUUACGUACGUAUUAUCGAAUCAAUUUGUUUUUAAACGAGUAUUGUUCUUAAUAUUAUUGUCAGUAUACCAGUGGACGGGUGACAAGCCCCGCGCAGCAGUAAUAAGUUUUCGUUAUAUUUUCACGGCAAAUCGUUACACACUUUUGACGUCCAUUAUUUAGUUAUUUUCUUCGCGCUUUCUCUCUCUCUCUUGGAAUUCUCGUGUAUAUAUAUACACACCUGCUACCCCCUGUAUAUAUUGAUCGACCUUCCGUGUAUACUGUGUAUAUGUGCCGCCGUCGGUGUAUACGCACGUAAUAAUAAUCGUCUCUUUUCAGCCGUGUGUGUGUGUGUGUGUGUGCCCGAGAGUUCAACCGAGAAACCAAAUGCGGUCGUGGCGCGGGUAGACGGGGGAAUUUCGCCCGUAUAUACCUUAACCGUAUUAUCAUAUUUAUUUAUUACGUUACCGGUGUUACCGGCUACCGUUAUGCUGCUUCCACGGUUCGGUUACCUACAUAAAAUAGGUAUCUGUGUAUAAGUUCGCGACGAGACUUUGACCUUAUCCCGUCGUCGCGAUUACGCUCGCACACGGUACCAGACGCGAUGCGUCACGGCGACCAUUGUUAUAAUAAUAAUAAUAAUAAUAUAAUAACCCGUUUUCCGAACAAGUAAAACUUUUGGAUUAUAUUUAAGAGUGGUUUUUUUUUUUUCUAAUGACGUCUGCGAUUUUUUUUUUACCACACCGACAACAACGAACCUUCCGCCGCCCCCACGUUGUACAGCCGUAUUACUCGCGGGGGCAGUGCAAAUCGGGGGUACGACGCCGUGACAACGACGCGUACCUUAAUACGGGCGAAAGUUUUCAAAAAUCCCGUUUGCUACUCCCAAUUAUAUUAAUUUGACCGACUGGCGGUGACGACAUGACUGCGUACAUACACACCGUACAUUAUAACAAUAUUAUUAUUAUUAUUAUUAUUAUUAUUAUGUGUGUCCUUAUCUGUUCGACGACGUUGGAAAAGUUUUUGACGUAACGAACUAUGCGUGACGGCCGUUUGCGGUUUCUCGCUGUAGGACCGCUGGAGGUUACUAUAUAAUAAUGUAUAACUUUGUUUGCAUACCUACCUACCCAUCAAACUUUUGUUUGCCGUGAAAUUAUUAUCGCGUUGGUAAAUGCUGCCCGAGUUUCACGAGAAGAAUCUGUUCUUCGUGUAUAAUAAUAACAAUAUUUUUAUUAUAUUGUUAAAAUAUCACGCGUGCACGUCCGGAAAUUAAAAGGCCGUCGUCGUACGCCAGUGAUGCUAGAUAGGCAUUAACAGUUUUCCCUCUGAAGACAACGAAAUCUCACCACCGAACAACUUCGGUCGUUACAUUUUUUUCAUAGAACAUAAAUAAUGCUCGUCACAGACUAAUAUAGUGCAAUUUUAAUUUCAAUAUCGAACAAAUAAUUCUUAGACAUGCGUUUUAGUUAACCGGCACCACACAUAUUAUAAUACGCAAUAAACUGGAUUGCUGACCGGUGUUAAGAAGUGCAGGUUCAAUCCGCUAUUUCGAGGAUCGUCUACUUUUAUAUCGCGAUACGUGAUAACUGUUAAAUCUGUGUAUUGUUUUUAGUAAAUCACGGUCUUGGUAACCGCGAUAACAGCGGUAAAAAGACAGAUUCAACAGUUAUCACAAUAUGAAAGUAGGUAUAUGAUAAGGCCGCUUCAAGCACCAGAUUUAUAUAUAUAUAUAUAAAUAUGUGUGUAUAUAUUAUACUAGUAAGUAUAUUUAUAUCUGUGGUCAAUAGAUUUCAUUAUUUAGUAUAAAUACUCAAAUCCUAAACGCUAAAACCGUUAUAAAUAAUGUACUGACAUUUUCGUUAAAAUACACGCCAAAAUAAUAUAUUAUUUACGUUUAUAUAAUUUUACUAAUAAUAUUGUUAAUAAUUUCCUUACUAAGAUACAAAAUGCCCAUUUUCCCAUUCUCGGAGGGAAAUUUAACGCGAGACCGCCUUAUUCCCGUGUGUUCGCAAGACGCGCGUUUAUUUUUAUUGUGAUCACCAAAUCCGUACGAUUUCGUCACGAGAUAGGGUAAAAAAAGAGAUAACGGCACAAUAAAAAAAAAACCCAAAGCAAAAUAAGAAAACCGCGGCGGUACUCCGGAUAAUAUUAUUAUACUAGGAUUUAAAGGCAAUUUACGUAAUGGAAUUUCGUUAUCAUAUCGUGUGUAGAGUGACGGCAGCUGGGGACGGCCGGCAGUCGGGUAAAAGUGAUUAUUUCAACGAAAUUCAAAAACGCUUUCGGGUUUUUUUCCCGCCACCGCCGCUGCCGCCGUCUUUUGUCAAUGAGCUUCGAAACGCGUUGUCGACCGACCGCACAUUAGCGACCGCCGUUCUUCUAUGUCUCGUCUCUUCCGCAGUCUCAUCGUCCGACGUGCAACUGUCGCCUAGCACCGCGUUUUUAUAAAGCCGGAAAUUUCGUAGCGAUUUUCUUCGACAACCCGCGGCGGCGAAUGACCCAUUCGUACGAACUUUAUUACUGGCGUGCGCUUUUUCAGAAAAUGUGAGUAUUAUUAUAUUAUUAUCAAUAUUACCUAGGUACUGCAAUUACGGCAAUUUCGGUCGGUCGAACCCGCCGGGGUUAUUCGGCGUUAUUACGACGGUCUUUGUCCGUCCGAUAGGAUUUCUCAACGCUCCCCGACAGUGUGUGUGUGCGUGUGUUGGUGGGUGGGUGGGUGGCUGGCUGGGUGUGUGCGUGCGGGACCCUUUAUUGUUUUCUGAACGAACGUACGUAAACGCGAGAAAAAAAAAAUAACAUAUAGAAACGGGAUUUUUUUUUUUUUUGUUGUUCGCAUUUUAGCGUAGGUUAUCCGAAAAUCGAUUGUUAUUAGACAACGUAAAUUUGUAGAACACAAAACAAAAAUAGGUAAUAAUAAAAAAUAAAUACUCCGGAACGUACGUAAACGCGUAGUCGAAUCGAAAAAAUAAUAAUAAACGCAACCUCCGAGAAACCGAAUACAACUUUUAUAUUGUAACGACGAACGAACAUCCCGUGGUGUUUCCUUUUUUUUUUUUUUUUUUUUUUAUGUAUUUUAUUUUUAAAUUUCCGUUUUCGACGUUUGUUAUAUCAGCGGCGGCUUUCCGUGACCUUCGCCGUAUCGACGUGGAAUAUUUAAUAUUGUACCUAUAGGUGUAUAAUAUUAUUAUCUAGUACGCCGGUAUAUGCCGAACGAAUUUAAUUUCUGAAAACGUUUUUCGAUCCGAUAACGUCUUCGGCAGAAAAAAAAUUAUAUAUAAAUAUAUACCUGUACAGCGUACAUACACGUACGAUUUGGUUUACGGUCGAAGUGCCUUCGUAAGCUUGUUCGUAUUUUCGGAAAUGUAUAAAAAAAAAUUCUAUACGCACCACCUGCGCGUCGUCAUAGUCGUUUUACCUUUUACGGAUCGCGGGGAGGUAUUAAUUUUUAUCCCGGUGCCUCGGGGCCGUCGUAAAAAUAUACGGUUUUUUUUUGCAUUUUUUUUUUUUUUGCUACGCCAUUAGGAAAAUGUCUCGGUUUAUGAACGACAACUCCGGCCGAAUGGCGGAAUAAACUGCGCGGAGAGACACCGCUGCGGUAUUAUAAAAGUACUUUUUUUUUUUUUUUCAAAAAACCCUCGGCUACGAGAUUGUGGCGGUAGUACGUGAAAAAUUGUACAAAAAAAAAAAAAAAAACCGUGUAUACCAGUCACCGUGUUAUUGUACAAACGGUUCUUAUCUGGGGUUUUUUCGUCAUUGUUUUUUUAUUUUUAUUUUUUUUGUUCUCCCGUUAUUUUGGCUCGUGCUGUAAUAAUUAUUGUUGUCCAUUCGUCUUUCGUCAUCGUGUGUCACGAUGAAAAAAAUACCUACCGUUUUGUUUUUUGCUCGGAACCGAGCUGACCAAAACUUCAUUUUUAAAGCCUAACAAAUGCCAAUUAUUUUUCAUUGGAAUAUUUUGAUGGUAAAUUAAAACAUUUUAAUCACUAAGUAAUUCGUUAAUUAUCAUAGAGGUUUGAUUAAAAACACUUAUACAUUCAUUUUUAUCAAACAAUUCCAAUUGAAUUAAUUUUUUUCACUCCAAAAAUAAUUUAUUACAAGUUUUAUUUCUCGAAUUCAUAAUUAUUUAUUACAUCUCCUAUUACAACGUAGAACUAUGAGAUUAAUGCAAUUCAUAACUCACUAUAAUAUUUAUGCAUCACUCAAUAAUUUACUAUAAUAUUAUGUUAAUAAUCUAUAAUUUAAAAAAAUUAAAAUAAAAAAAAAACAAUCUGGGGUUAUUUAAUGUUGUAAAAAUAAGACUUUUGGCUUAGUAAAAAUGUGUUCUUUAUUUUUUUUUUUUUGAAUUUUUGUUAUUAUGAUAUUAUAUAAUAUUAUAAAUUUACCAAAACGCCCUCUCCGCCACGAUCGACGAGGACUUGAGAACGCACGCGAUCCCUGCUCAUCCGAAAUUCGCCUGUCGUCAGCGACUUAGUCGUUUUAUUUGUACAUCCCCAAGAGAGUGCACUUGUUCCUGGAAGUUUUUUGUUUUGUUUUUUUUUUCUUUUGCGUUUUCCUACGCCCUACGUCCUCUUAACCGGUACCGGAAAUACCGAGGAGUUCCUCCCACCACACGACUACUCGACGUUUUUUAAACUUCUUUUUUUUUUUAAAUAAAAUAAAAGCACACCUCAGCCGAGUGUUUUGCGGACGAGAGAAAAUUGAUUUGUAUUUUUUCAACGCACGCGAAAAACGAGUUAUUGCUGAUCGAUGAUUUUUCGUACCUAAAUGGAAUAUUCUUCUUGUGUGUGUGUGUGUGUGUGUGUGUUUACGAGGACGACUUCACGGCCACAUUACAUCGUAUACCGUCUGUCCGAUAGCAAAAUUACGUCACGCAGCACGUUCGAAUCGUAUCGUUUUCGAUAUCGUAUGUUUUAUUUUUUGUGGGAUAUUAAGUAUAAAUUAUUGUUAUGUGUGCGUUUUUAUUCCGGUCUUCGAACAAGUUUGCGAAAACUUCACAGAAGCAUUCUUGUGAAAAUUCAAAUCCAUUGUUAGUGAGGUCAUUUUAUUUUUAUUAAUUCGUUGUACAUUCUUUAUAAUAGUCGAAAGAAAAAAUGUUUGAGAAAAGUAGACAUAAAAAGGGAAUAGUGAUGAUGAACAUCGAUGUUUUAUUUUUUUCCAAAUCGUAUACAAUUAAAAUUUAUACAGAAUACUUCCAUUGGUGUUUUCUAAAUGUUUAAUGUGACUCCGGUAUUGUUUUUUUAAUUGUAUACAAUUAAAACAUUACUUUUGAGUCCACUCAUCUACUUUUCAAUACAUAUUUACAGAGAAAGGUUUUUCCGGGAAUAAGGAUGACUCAUUGCUAAUUGAAUAUCUGUAAUUUGUAUAUCAUUUAUUUUUUAACUGUUAAACACGAACAUUUUAUACUGCCCGCGUUGAACUCCGGUGUUCGUGUUUUAUUUGAUUUGUAAUAGUUGGUUUUUGUUUAUUAGCAUAUUAUUAUUAUGUUUGUGAUUAAAAAUAUAAACAAAAUUGAGUUCAACGCGGGUCGCAGGGUGUUUUCCUUCGUCCAACGAAAAAACAAUCGUCAAAGUCGGACCGUCUGUGGGUUUUUUUCCGUAGUGCAUUUUAUUUUUUUUUUAUCUAAGAUAGAAACGCGUCUGGCCGCUUAACUUAUUACUUAUACGCAUGACCCAUACCACGACCCUUGGAUUUCGAAUUUCCAUCCGAGGCACGUUCCUUUGCCAACGUGAAUGCGUCCGCUGCGGCCAUUCGUUGCGGCACACGCCAAUCAGCCGGUCGACUUGCACACGCUCGUGCCGCCGAUUCGUCGAUUCGCCUCCGCAUAAUAAUAUUAUUAUCCAACAGUCAAUACAGUAUAUUAUUAUUGUUAUUUCUAUUAACCCUCGUCAACACGUAUACGCACGCGGUACGAUACAAACAUAAAUUGUCGGCAAUUUCCAUUCGAUGUGCAAUCGGUUCGCCGCGGCAAAACAAAACCGACAAAUCGUGAAUAACGUAACGACGAGAAUCUAUUGCCAUUUUUUCCUGUCGAUUACCUAAUCUAUAUUUAGGAUGUUAUUUUUUAUUACACAUUAAUACAGCCAUUAUAGGUAUCUAUAGGUUAAUAUGCAUUCGGGCGUUCGGUUCGCCGGAUGGCUAUGUAGGAUAUUAUACAUUUAUACUUAUUGUCGGAGUGUGGGUACCCUACCGAAAUUCAACGACGGUCGAUCAAAAUGACAAUGCACAUUCCAAAACUAAGCAGUUUGAAAAUAUAUUAUUAUUUGCUGUUCAAUCUCAUAAGUGGUGGAUAUAGGAUUUUUUUUUUUUUUGGAGGGGGUCCAAAAUUGUCGACCAUCAUAAUUAGUCUAACCGCAAUUUGAACGAUAGUUUAUAAUCAUAAUUAAUUCAUAUUACUACAACUGCAAUUUUUUAUAUAUAUAUAUAAUAUCACAAUGAAUUACAAAGUAUUAUUAUUUAAUUUACCUCAAUAAGCAAUGCUUGUGGCGAGGUAAAUCAGUUAAUCAUACAAUAUAACUUAUUAAAAACAAAAAUAUAAUUACAAUAUUUAUGAUAGAAAAAAAAAAAUUAACUACAAUAUUAAAAAUACUUAUCCUCAGAUUAAGGUAUAAAACUAAAAAUUCAAAUAAUAACCAGUUAACAAUGGUUUUUUUCUAAAUUCAUAAUUAUUAACAUUAAAAGUGUUAUAAAUAAAUUUUUUCAGAUCCAGUGGUUUAGCGUUAUAAUUUUUUGGACCUAAAUAAUCUACAAACUUGUUUUCUAUACUUUUUUUUUUUUGUAACUAACAUACGUGUCAUAAGCUCUAGUUUCCCGUUUAUUAUCUAGUUUAGUAGUAAUUUUACCCAUUUGAAAUAUAAUAGAGAACAGACAGUAUAAACACCUGAUCGGUAGAACUUUAAGUUCUUUAUAAUUUUAUGAAUUCGAGCCAUAUAAAUCCUUUUUCUUUAGACAUAUCCUUAUAGCUUGGUUUUGUUGUAAAUAUAACUGUCAAGGGGACCCUCUCGGCCCCUCUCUUGAAUGCGUCAUUGAUCUUAUAUUAUUCCGAAAUCCCGCGUUAUCGACCACGUUGAUUCUAUUAUCGAUUUUUUCGAAUGAUAUUUCUCAUCGGUUCUUAUAAUUUUGUUCUAUUAUUUUGCUUCGAUUAGUCGAUUACUAAUAACUAAUUAGUUUUUAGUAAUUACUAAUUACUAAAAACACGCUAGUGGUAAUUUGUAUAAUGUAUUAUAUAUUUUGAUUACAUAAGGAAAAAAAAAUAUUCGCAACAAUAAUAAUAUUAUAAUCACAAUCAUAAUAUUGCAUGUUCCAUUGCCGAACGCGGUGUAAAUAUUUUGGUAGCCAUUAACUUUUCUACGGAUUCACCGACUGGUUGAAUUUUUGAUGGCAAGGUUAUUUUUUUCGCUAUGUACUUUUGUCAGUUUUCGCGUUUUAAAAAUAAAUAUUAUUCGUUCGGGUAGGGGGAAAGUAAGUCUACUACGUCACUUUAAACACUCUUCCCAACUACACAAAUUAUACGUGCGGGCCAAGUAUUUCUGACAUCUGAAGGUUAAAAAAACCGUUUUCACUUUUUUUUUUUUUCAAUUUUAACUCUGGAUAUUAUUUCAUAUAAAUUGAGAGAUAGUGUAAAUUUGUAUUAACCAUUUUUGUUAUUCCUCCCGUUGUGUAUACACUUCGCUGCGAUCAUAUACUUUUCGGAUUCUUGUCAUCUCGUGAUAAAACUCUCAUCUCUUGUUUUGUUGUUUUUUUUUUUUAGGGAUUUUCCUCCGUUUGUGAGUACAUAUAAUUAUUGUUAUAUACGAAACCGAUGCACGACGCGGGGACGGGUUCAAAAAACAUUUUUAAAAUAUUACGACUAUAUACAUUUAAUAUAUUAUUAUUAUAACAAUGCAUCGGAAUGAAAAAAAAAAAAAAAAUGUUCAAAAACAUUUGUCAAACGCUUUCCUUUUAAAACAUUAAAAUAUAUAUUAUAUUUUCAUUUUUCAUUGGUGUUUUUCUUUUUCUUUUUUUUUACGCCGCUUUUGUCCGAACGACAUUAUUAUUAUAAUAUAUACAUAUACGAGGAUAAUAUUUUAUUUCUAAUUACGUAUUCCAAUGUACAUGAUGGCGUAGCACCGUAUUCUAUACAAUAAGAUUGUACAGAUAAUAAUUUUGUUAUUGCUAUGAGGAGUUAAAAAAAAAAAAUGAAUUACGUAAUAUACCUAAGAUAAUAAUAUAAUAUUAUGAGGUCAAAUCGUAUAUUUUGUUUACAAAAGAAGAACGAAUUGUCCAAAGGACAUAAUAUGCAAAACACGAGAAUUAUUAUUAUUUCAGUUAUAUUUUUACGAUUCGUUUCGGCCGAAAUUUUCUAUCAUAGCCGAGCGUAGUAACACAAAAUAUAUAAAAUCAAAAUGUAAAAAAAAAUUUCUUUUCUCAAAAAAUAACUAUUACCUAAGCUUCAUUUAACCUCAAAUAUUUUAUCGAAAACCAGUGCAUAAUCCAUAAUUUAUCUACCUAGUCUUCUUUGGUAAAAUUACAAUUAAACUUUAAUUGAUAAAAACUUUAAACAUAGUGUUCAGUAGCGUUCCGUGUAAAUUUAUAUAAAAAAACUAGUUGAGGUAAACGCGGUUUCUCUAUCCUCCCUCUCCCCCCCGAGUCAAGCUUUGGAUAUAACCACAUAUCGCAAUAUAAGUUAGACUCAGUAAUCUAAAUUUCUAAAUUUUGGGGUAGGACGUACGUUGUCACCGCUUAUCCGCCGGCCCUGAUUAGACACGCAAACUGCAGUUUUGCAUUUUUUAUUUCAAUCGAUCAUUGUUGAGUUUAAAUUAAUUUGUUCGUCAUCCGUGUAAUCUAUUACAUAAUCGUCUUUUUGGAAUUACGUAUUAUUAUUAUUAUUUUUUUUUUUACCUCCGAUGAGAAAUCAUAUAAUACACCGCGCUUUCCGAAACAUGUACAUUACAAACCUUCAGUGCGCUGAAUACUAAACAAGCAAAACGUUUAUCGAUUGAAAGUGAUAGAAAAAGAAUAAUAAUAAUAAAAAGUAUAAAACGCUUCCUUUUUUUUUUUUUUUUUUUUAUCUCGGUCUCAUCGUUUGAUUCAAACGCAAUCGUCGAUUUUCUAGCUGUUUCGAAUAUAUUGAACUAUUGAAGUAUUAAUAAUUUUUUGAACUACAUUUCCUUUUCGCCAUCAUCGUCAAAAUACGUUUGCCAUUUCCGUUUCUUUUUCUUUUUUUUUUGCGGUCGCAGUACAUUUUUUCAAUAUUAUUUCGAUAUCGAUUAAAUUACCAAUAUAGUAGGUGAUAUUAUUAUUAUUUUUUCAUUUAUUUUCAUUUCGGCGCCUUUAAAGUGUUUUUUUUUCUUUCUUUUAUAUUACUUUACGUGUAGCCGACCGGCCGUGUUAAUUGAAAAAACUAUAUCGCCUCAUCCGAAAGUAAAAAUAAAAAAGUUUAAUAAAUACAAUCUUAGGUAUAGGGAAAAACAUAAAUAUUUUAUAUAAUACUUAUAUAAAACAUGAUUGCGAAACACCUUUUUUUUCUUUUUUUUUUUUUUUUUAUAUGAAUAAUUUCAAUAUGCGACAGAAACUCAUUCGGAAAUGGUGUGAACGGGGUUAUCGAUUCGGUUUGGUUUUUUCUACCCUCCGGUCGUCGUGUCAUUGUAACUACCUAUAUAAUAUAUACCUACGAUAAUUAAUCCAGGAAACACAAUAGGUAGUAGGUAGGUAGUAUUAUAGACGAGAGUCUAUUAAGCACAACGCAUUGACUGACAGAUGAUUAAUACGUUUUCGCGUCUACAACGUAUACUACUGUUAUAAAACAACAAAGUUGCAGUAUUCGGAGGUCGGCCAAGAGUUUCUCCGUGUUUCGAUUGGCCGGGUUAAUCUAUAAUUCCGACGAUAAAACAAUACAAUUAUAUCGAAAAUUAUGUAUAUUAUGUCGAAACGAUCUUCGAACCAAAGAAGGGGUAUAUAUACCUGCACGAGAGCGAAGACGAAGAAAAACAAAGAACUGAAAACAUAAUGUACAGUAAAAAAAAAAAAAACAUUUUCACAAGGGAAAAUUAUACGAUGGGCUGGACACGCUUAGGACAAUGAUGGAACACAUAUCGAGAGACGAAUAUGGGAAAGAACGAGAGUGAGGUGCGAAGAUGUCGUAAAGGACGCGAUGAACGAUUUAGAAUGGUAGGCUGUACAAUAAGGUUUUGUAUUGAAGAAAGAUUGGUUGGUUUGGUUGGAGACUCGGUUGUGCGGCCAAUUAAAAACAUAUCAAGUUAAUUAAUAUUAGGUAUGCGGGCACCGAACAUAAAGUAAAUUAUCCGUAAACGAAGUGAAAACUAAAACAACAAUUUUCUCAUCAGAUUUGACGCCAGAUUGGUCAGAAGGUGAUCGGUUACUAUACUGAAAUAUUUGGAUCGCACUGGAUAACAGAACUUGUUUGUAUAUUACAACAUUUUCGAAAAAUCCUGCUAAAUAUUAUCAAAAAAAAAAAAACAAAAAUUAAAUCCGUGAAAUACAAAUUAUACAAACAACGUUAUUAUAAUCUUGUAUCGUCCUACAGGCCCGUAAUAUAAUUUUAUACUGAAAUACCUGCAUAAAAAGUUUAAAAAUACAAUCUCGCGUCAUACAGUUAAAAAUAUAAAAUAUAUAUAUACGAUACUGUCUAUAAGCAUCAUAUAAAUACUGUCGCGGACGAUCGACUGGAAUUUUUGUUGACAAUAAUAAUAAGUACUUUAACAAAACACGAUUAUUAUAAUCAUAUUUUCAUUUUUUUUUUUUUUUUUUGUCCGGUUUAUUUCUAGUCUGUUUCAAUCGAACAUUAGGAUUUUUAUAUAUUAUAUAUUUGCAAAUAACAACUGUAUAUAACCGACUGUAUGGCAAGGUCCAAAUAAAAAAUAUAAUUAUGAAAUCAGCAGUCAUAUCAUUACACUAAGAGCCAACAUAACAUUGAUUUUCAAACAAAAUUUACGAGAUAACCGACGAUCAACAAUCGUGAUCGGUUAAAACAAGGUUAACCCGCGGUAUGUUGGUGAGCACGGAUCGUGUAGUGACUAUCUCAUCUUCAUCAAUCUCUAACACACAUUCGUUUAAUUCCACGAAUUACGCGAUGGAAUUAUAACACCGCGCACAUGUUUUCAUUCGUGGCGUAUAAACAAAAUAUAUGUUACGGAUUAAUCGGUAACAUUUUCCCUCUUGUAUUAUAUGGCUGCCAACCUUCGAAUUUAUUCAUAUAGUGUCGGCUAUCUAUAAUAAGUUAAUGUAGUAAGUUGUUUUGCAUACCUAUUAUUUUUGCGGUUUCGAAUUCCGUUUUUCCCACCGACCUACCGUCAUCAUCGUCAUCACAGUUGUACAGUUAGAGACGUGAAAAAUACACGUUUCCUAUGUAUACACUCGUACAUUUGGUGUUUUUCGACUUGUUUGUACAUUACAAUAAAAUAAUAUAUUAGGUACACGCGUUGUUAAAACGUUUAAUUGACCGACAACGUAAUAAAGCGUUCGUUCACGUCUCGUACAUUAACAUAUGCUUCAGAACGGUCUAUUUUAUACAUUUGUAUGUUUUUCUUUUCGUUUUCGAAAACUUUUAAACAAUAUAUAAUAAUGUGCGAUUUAUCGGUGUACAAUAAACGUGUGCGCCUACGCGUUUGGUUGCACUACUGAUGAGUUUUUGUCCGUGUAUGUAACAAAAAUCAUGUCACAAAACACGACGAUAUAAUUGAAUAAGUGUAAUAAUGUGUUCACGGCGCCAUAAGAUAAUUGAUACAUAACAUUUAACUACACCACCUAAAAUGCACUACAUAGCACAAUGUUUUGUUGAACAAAACCGUUGAGAACUGUCGUAACAACUGCUUUGUUAUAAUAAUAUUACUAUUAAUUUUAAUUGUAACAAGAUUAUUAAAUACCUUAUCAUAAACCAUGUUUAUAAUUUAUAAUAAUAAUAUGUCAUCGCUAAUACGCACUAAUUCAAUACGCCAGUAAAUAAUCUUACACAGUCAAUGUGCAUUGUUGCAGUACGGGUUCGUAUAGUACGUCACAAAUAAUAUUAUUAGCAUUAAACUCGUAUGAAGUAUAUGCAUUUUACGUUUAUAACGUUUACAUCGUUCUGUAUAGCGUACGUAAUUAGAUAUUGAAUUCCUGCUAAAAACACCAAUAUCCUUAUUGCAUCCGUUUCCAUAACACGAGAGUUACAGUUAAUUCGAUAUGACUAAUGUGAUACAUUUUUAAACUGCAUACAAGUGAUGCGUAUGUUGAUGUUUAUUGUUUAUAUGGAAUUUUAACCAAAUUAAACUAAUAAUUAGAUUAAUGCGAACUAGUGAUUGCACACUAUUUGAACGUGGUAAUUAACAGUGUAGGCAUCUUAACUAUAUCAAGACGUUGCAAUAAUACCUAUUUACCUAGGUCGAUUAAUAAAGAUCAGAAACCUGAAUAAAUACAUAACAUAACUACACGAUAUUUGAUAUUUUAAACGAUUUAACAAUUUCGAUACCGUUCUAUUUUUCAAAUCUUUUUUUUUUUUUUUUUUUUCAAUAGUACAAUUUUAUUCAAAUAUUACAUUAUAGUAAUUCGCUCAAAUUACGCAAAAUGUUUUCUGUACACGCGGGCAAUGAGUAGGUAAUAUUCAAUUGUGUGUUUACGUAUAGCAAACAAACGUAUAUAGGCCCCAGUAAAUAUGUGAUCAAUGUAUAAUAUAAUGUAUACAUAUACAUUGUUUUUUAAACAAAGUACAGUUUUAAAGGUAAACAUCGACUAGAUUUGUACACAAAAUGUGUGCAUAAUUUAAAUGUGUUUUAAAAAAAAAAAAAAAAAUUAAAUUAAGUACAAUUUAAAAAACUUUUAUGAAAAUCUGAUUUCAACAACGUGUGUUUUCGAUUUGAUAUAACAUUGAUCCGGAAAAAAACAAGACUUAAACAAUAGUAUCGCUUAUCUGCAAAUAUUGUCGUGCUAUUUCGAUAAUUUUAUUUACCGCCUGAAUUCGAAAUACGAUUAUAUUAAAAAAAAAAAAAAAAAAUUAUAAGCUCCUAUUUACGUUUAAGUUAAUAAUCUUAAAAUACACGGCAGUCUCGUUUACACACGAAACCGUUUCGGGAUGUUUUCAAUAAUAAUUUUUACGGUUCAAACUUGCGAAGGACUUAAAUGUUCCAAUGAGUUAAAACGAUGGCGUAAAAUGACUUGCGUCCUUUUCACCGGUCAAAAUGAAUAAUAUUUCAUAAAGGCACACUGUCAUUGGGGGCCAUAGAAACGGUUUUGAAGGUUUUUCUGCUAUCAAAUCUACAGUUUUUUAAUGUAUCAAAAUUGUGUAGAAAAAACUUUUGGAACGGCGGACAAGUAGACGGACAUAGACACAUGUGAACGUUUUUGAAUAAAAAAAAAAAAAAAAAAAACUAGAUAUUACCGUGAUCUAUGAUCUCGGGUCGAUCUAUUCUGAAUACAAAUAACGGUAUGAUUUACCGGGAGUACAAAUUUGAUUUUUUUUUUUUUUGUUCGAGUAGACUAUUUUCGCAUUGGCGGAUAGCGUAUAUAUUAUAUUAUUAUUAUUAUUAUUGCGCACGAUGACGCGAUUAACAAUACCGUGCGUUAUUUACGGCCAUUACAGAAAUAUUGGCCGUUUACAAGAGAAAUCAAAUAGGAAAAAAAAAAAACAAAGUUUACAAUAAUGUUUGAUUAAGUUCUUAUCCGAUUCCGAGACGUUCUCCGCGGACGACAGCUCCGAAAAUGUCCCACGACAGCAGUACAAUUCGAAUUCGUGACAUUACUGCUGUGACAGGACAAUAUCGGAGUGUCAUCCAUAAAACGUGUCGUAUAUCCGUCCGCGUGAAAUAUCCCGUUGCCUGUGCGUCUCUUUCUCUCUAUGUCCUUCUCUCUCGUCCCGUCGAUCUCCGGCGUGCCGAUGUCGUCGUCGCAGUGCCUGCUAGGAAACAAACGUUAUUUUAUCAUUAUCAUUAUUAUUAUUAUUAUUAUUAUUAUUAUUAUUAUCAUUAUCAUUAUUAUUAUUAUUAUUAUUAUUAUUAUUAUUAUUAUUUUAAAGCUUUUAUUAUAUCAUUACAAUAUUAUUAUUAUUUAUUGUUUGUAUUAGAGCAACGUUUGCGUAGACUUACCAUAUAAUAUGUUGUUGUUGUGGUGCGUUGUUGUUGUUGAGACGUAGUUAUGUACACCGCAACAACGUUGAUGUCAUCCUGUAGACAAAAUACAUACCAUAUAAUAUAUAUUAUAAGUACAUUGUAUUAAUAUAAUUGACAACUAACGAGAACCGACAAAAUGUUCUAAAAUCAUUAACCCGUCGUCAAUCUUAUACGUCUAUAACGCUAAUAAUAUUCGUUUGUAUUAUAUUAUCUAGUUUGGGAGUGGAUCAAAUGGCUACGUUGGCCGAACACGCGGCCGACUUUAGCGGCAUGUUGGCCGCCAGUGGCAUGGGCCUACCGCAGCCGAUGACGGCCACGCCCGUGCCGUUGGCCCUGCACCCACACCACCAGUCGGUGCGCGGUCCGCUGCCGGGCCUAGUGAAAAUCGCUCAGCCCCAACAGUCCGCGGUGUCGGCCGCUAACAAGAACGGUUCGCCGUUGCAGAAUGGCGGCCAGUCGGCGCAAGACGUCGCGGCCGUCGUGGCUGCUCAACAGCAACAGCAACAACAGCAACAACAGCAACAGGCCAUCAUAAACGCCGCCGCCGCCGCCGCCGCCAGUAAGCAAAACGGCACCGGGAACGGGGAACAGGUGUCGGCGCCGUCACCCAGCGGCCGGUCGACGCCUAACAGCAGUACCGAAGGUACGUCAGCUAAACUGUUUGUCGGUGGUCUCAGUUGGCAGACGUCGGCCGACAAGCUCAAACAAUACUUCGGCAUGUUCGGUGAUGUGACAAACGUGCUUAUCAUGAAGGAUCCCAUCACGCAGGUAUAUUAUUGUUAUUAUUACAGUAGGUAGAUGAUCACACAAACGCAAAAACUAAUCUAUGUCGUUUUUAUUUUUAUUCUUCUUGUGCAGAGGAGUCGCGGUUUUGGAUUUAUCACGUUUUCGGACGCCGAGACGGUGGAAAAGGUGUUGGCCGUGCCCAUACAUACGCUAGAUGGCAAGAAGAUCGACCCGAAGCAUGCGACGCCCAAAAACCGGCCAAAGGCCGGCAGCAAGACCAAGAAAAUAUUCGUGGGCGGGGUCAGUCAGGACACAACAGCGGACGAGGUAAAGGCGUACUUCAGCCAGUUCGGCAAGGUGGAGGAGACGGUGAUGCUCAUGGAUCAGCACACUAAGCGACAUCGCGGAUUUGGAUUCGUCACGUUCGAGAACGACGACAUUGUGGAUACCAUAUGUGAGAUACACUUCCACACGAUCAAGAACAAGAAGGUGGAAUGCAAGAAGGCGCAGCCCAAGGAGUUGGUGCAGCCAGCGGCAGCUGCGGCCGCGGGUUUGCUGUUGGGCAAGCGCCCCGUACUGGUCGGUGGCCCGCUGGGCGUCCGCGUGGCUACCGCCCCAGUGUCGCAGGCGGCCAGCCAUCAGCUGGCGGCCGUGCAACAGGCUCAGGCCCAGGCGCAAGCCCAGGCUCAGGCCGCUGCAGCCGCGGUGGCUGCACACAACUACAACAAGCUGUUCGCUACGUAUCCAGGACUGGCCAGCUACCGUUACGCGCCGUAUCCUGUGCCAGUGACCGCAGCAGCGGCCCCGCAACAGGCCACCGCCGCACCGCAACCAGUGCCCACCGCAGCCGCCGCGGCCACGCAGGCCGCCUACCCGGCAUACAGUCUGUCCGGUAUUGACAUGAGCGGCUUCCAAGGCAUCGACUGGUCGUCCAUGUACGGCAUGGGCGGCAUGUACGUUUAGGCAUUAGGCGUGUCCUUGUGUCUGUGCUGCUGUAUGUGUGUUGGUCAGGUCAAUUUUUUUUUUCACGGAAAAAAAAAUUAUAAUAACCGAACAAAAAAAAAAAAAAAACGGAAAACAUUCUCUUGUUUGCUCAGAUACAUUCUAUCAUUGAAAUUAUUUUUUUAAUAUUCAACCAAAAAAAAAUUAUAGGUUUAUAUAUUUAUAUAUAUAUAUAUAUAUAUAUAAUAUACAAUAUGUAUAUUUAUAUAUAUAUACAUAUAUAUAUAUAUAUAUUGAAAAAAAUUACAUCUUAAAGUAUUCCCUACCCUCCCCUGAUUUCAUUAUAAUUUUUUGUUUUUUCAAAAUCGACGAGGCUGACAGCCAUCAGAUCUUUGGAGAUCAAUCCGCGCAUGUGCCAUACCACUGCCUCAUAUUAUUGUCGUGAGUUAUUUUUCAAUGGUUAAAAACGAACGAUUUUCUAGUCAGUUAUUAUUUAUUUUUUUUUUAUGUACUAAGUAUUAUUAUUAUUAAUUUUUAAUAUUUCUCAACUUUCUUUAAAUAGUAGUGUGAUUAGUGUCUAAAUAACGUGUAAUUUAUUUAAUUGAUUAGUUGAACUAAUGUAUUAUUGUUUUUGCUCUUAAAGAAGAAAAAAAAUUCCAAUGAUCAGUAGAGAAAAUACAUUCCAUUAAGGACCAAUAAGCUGCUCACAAGCGUAUAUACAUCAUGACAAUUUAUUUUUAUUUUAAAAAUAAUACCAUUUCACAAAUAUAAUUUUCUUUUCUCUCUAUCUCUCUCUCUCUCUCUUUCUUUUUUUUUCUCACUCUCUUUUUCUCUUUUUCUCUCACUGUCGUCGUGCGCUUAUACGUCUUAUAAUAAAAAUAUUUUAACGUCUAAUAACAACUACACACUACGUAACACGUAUACGUGCACAACGUGCAUAACAAUAUAAUAUUAUUAUCUCUCUCGCUUCUUGUUUCAAAUGCUUCUUUAAAAUCAGAUUUACUAACUCAUUGCUCUAUAGUUAGAGUACAGUACUUAUAGUAGUUAUAAUAUGAAUAUAUAUUAUUAACUUAGAGAGAAACGUAAAAUAUGAAAAUUGUAUAACAAAAAAAAAAAAAAUCAAUAAUUCUUUAUAAAACUUGUAAAUAUUAAAAAUUAUAUAUAUAUUUUUCUUUUGUUUAUUUUCUCAUUUUACUUAUUGUAUACUUAUAUAUAACCGUAGUAAAACAAGACAUUGGAGUUGUUCAUAACGAUUAUUUAUAAUUUUAGCUGCCUUAGUAUACGUAUGUUUUUUUUUUUUUUUUUUUUGUAUCAUCAUCUAUAUAAGUAAACGGAAAUCUCACAAGUUCAAUAUUAUUAUUAUUAUUAUUAUUUUAGUUUAGACACUAAACAGACGUAUCUACUAAGAAUAUAUAAUAAUAUUAUUUAUUAUUAAGAUGAUAAAAUUUAAUUUUUGUCUAUGCGUUUUAGUUUUUAGUGAUUUAUUAGUAUUUAAAUACGAGUAAAAGUUAAUACGAAAAGCACUGAUUCGACUGGACAAUACUAAUUAGAACAUUAUUAUUAUUAUAUGUAUGUAAAGCAAUAAUACUUAAAAGGUUAUUGAUCUCUUUGUUUUUUUUUUUUUUUUUUUUUUUUUUUAAAUCUUUUUUUUAGUAAGUAUAAUAAUAUAAUAUAGUUUUACUUAGUAUGGUAAGCCCUCUAUUUUUGUAAUAUUUUGAGAGUUAAUAAAAUGAAGAAAAAAGCAAUUAUAUUAUAUAUCAUAUAUGAAAGAGGGUUAUAAAUAUUAGCGAUGCUUUUACAUAAAUUCUCCGGUUUUGUGUCUUAUCCUAGACCUAGACUUUUUUAGUACUUUUAAAGUAAAGAAAAACAAUAACUAGGUGAAUAAUUUUUAAUGUCAAUGUCGUCAUAUUAUUAUUUUAGAAUUGGUGUGUAUUUUAACAGUAUUUUUUUUUUUUAGUUUAGAACUUUUUUUUUGUAGAGUAAUUAAUUAACUACUAUAUUUAUUAUAAAAAAAAAAUAUAUAUAUAUAUAUACAUAUAUCUAGUUGUAAGAAGUAUUUAAUUGUACACUUUUUGACAUUUUUUUUUAAAAUUAUUAUCAAUUUAUUUAGUUUCUGUGUAGAUAUUCUAUAUAUACUAUUUGUGUGUAGACUUAUACGUAUAUAUUAUAUAUAUACAUAUGAAAAAAAUCGUAAAAAAAAUUAAUAUUAACAGUAGUAUUAGAUACCUACGUGAGUCCUUCAUUUCUUUUAUUAUUUAAUUUUUUUUUUAUAAAUACGAUAUUUAUUUUUUUUUAAUACUAAUAAUAUUUAGUUCUUUAUACGCACUCUAUUUAGUAGUUAAAUGUUUAAAAAUGCUGUGUUGUUUUUAAAUUAUAAAACAGAAAAUUAAUAAAUAAAAGUAGUAUUUUUGUCAGUAGAAAUCGGGCAGAUUCGCUUUUGGUUUUUUGAUUUCAAAAAUAUUUUCAAUUUAAUUUUUGAAUUGUUUUUUUUUUUUAAUACAAUACUAUUAUUAUAAUUAUCAUUUCAUAUCCAUUUAAAAAUCAGACCAUUCAAUAUUUUUAUUUCAAAUUUGUUCUUUUUUUUCUUUGGUAUAGUCAACAUAAUUGUAUAAUAUAUUAUUUGACUAUAGAACAAAAUCCAAUCCCUUCCGUGUACCAAUAUUGUAUUAUUGUAAUAUUAUUAAUGACUGUUUGCAUGAAACACAUGAUAACUAACAUGACAAUAAUAAUAAUAAUUUGUAUUAUUAUUAUUAUUAUUCUUAAUCGUACCACCUCCUUUCAGACGCCACGACAUAAUGUAUUAUUGUUAUUAACAUCGCGUAUUAUAAACAAAAAAAAAGAAUUUGGUACUAUUAAUUUAGUGGCAAUGUGCGAUACAAGCAUAUCGCGGUAUUAACCCUACAUAACCGUUGUUGUUGUUGUUGUUUUUUAUUGUUGUUGUUGUUUGAAGUAGUUAAAUUAUUAUUGAU